GUGACAGGGAAAAGUUUUGCAUUAGUUCUAAGUAUACCAACAAGUAUUCCCACAAACUUUACACCUGUAAAACGUGCAUAUGGAUUUAAUACUCGAUGGAUAACGUGUUUUCAUAUCGGUAACAACAGGUGAAAAAUCAAUGAAAGGUAUUGAUCAUAGACAGUGACCUGGAUGGAGUGAUUAACUAAAAAGUCCAGGAAUAAGUGAUGGCAUAUCAGGGAGGAGGAGGCGGAGGGGUUCAGAAUUUGUCUCGCCAACCCAGUCAGCAGUCUCUGUCCCACCCAAGCCAAAGACGACGUACCCAGGAUGAAAUUCCCCAUGGUUACAGACAGCAAGGACCAGAUAUGCCACAAGGCUACCGACAAGAACAAAACCCCCAGCAGUCACCAUACCCAUCCCGUCAUGAAGUUCAAAGGUCACAAUCUCAGCAUAAUGUCUAUCCCCAACAGGGUGGACAGAUGAGUCGCCAUGACAGUCGUCAAGAUGCACGCCAAGCGAGUAUGCCCUCACAUCACCAGUCUCAGCCCACCAUGUAUCAUCCCCAUCAACAAGAAACAAGACCAUCGUACCAGCCAAGUGCCCCCGAGCCCCAGUCCCCUUACAUGUCACACAGAGAUCCAGGUCAGUAUGGGUCGCAGCAAAUCGUGAACCCCCAACAGUCUCCCUAUCCCUCUCACCAUGAGCUUCGACACAGUGAGUCAAACCAGAGCCUGGUACGAGGGAGCAGACAGCAUUUAGCUGAUGUUCCUAAAAAUGAAAGACAAUUUAACUCUGGUCCUUCAGAUCAGUACUCCACCGUUCAAAAACCCCAUAGGGACCAGGCACCUGUACAGAGAUUGUUUCAAGUGAAUCAUCAUGAAAGUCACCAGACCAUGCCCACACAUUCCAGUCAAGCAUAUCAGCCUCAUUCUCAAUCUGCACAUCCUCAUUACCAAAGUCAAACAUCUUUAUCCCCUGAUAUAAGGCCCCCAGGUGCUGAAAGGGGUCGGGAAUCAUCCUACCCUCAUCAACCAGGACCAACCAAUCAGCAGCCAGGACAGGAAUGUGAGGCCCCGCCUCCUUAUUUUAGCCGGAGUCACAGUCGGGAGUCAUCAUAUGUCUCCCAGCCUGACCUUUCACCUCCACCUCCAAACAUGGCACCAGCCCAACCUUUCCAUUCCCAGCCAUCCUACCUUGGCAGUCAGCAGGGUUUAGGUCUGGCUCCUUCGUACAUCGGAAGCGAGCAGGGCCAAGCCCCUUCAGAGGGCCAGUACUCGCCUGCUCAGGCAGAGAGUAAGCGCAUAGCCUCCCAUCUUGCCCGGAAUGAGAGUUCCCGCACAGAGCAGUCAGUUCGAAGUCGUCACUCCCGGGCUAGUAGUCUAAGUAACACUCCACCUAUACCAGAAGUUCGAGGCAGAGAGGCAUCCCACAUCAUAGAUUUGCUCCAGCGUGAAAUUGUCUACAUUACAGGGGGACGGGAUCGCAGCGGAGGACCUGUUGUUACCUUCCCCGGCCACCUGCCCCACCCAGAACCUUCACAACAUGAUAUCAUGACCUGCCUACAGUACUAUGUUCAGAUUCCAAGUGAGGAGUCAAAGUGUCGAGGAUUCACGGCUCUUGUUGACAGUCGAGAUGGAUCGUGGCCGAACAUGGUCACUGUACUCGGGUGUCUAAAGAAAAUGUUAGGAGACUAUAUCAAGCAGGUGCUUGUGAUAAAGUCGGACCCAAACAUAGAUAGGAAAUCUGUUAGUCAGAGUUUCCGCAGGGACAAGAACAGUCCAAACCUGGAGCCUCAGUUUAUGUCUGUAAACCGUCUUUACACAUUUGUGGACAAAAAGGAACUGACCGGUAUGUUUGGCGGUCAUCUCUCUUAUCAUCAUGGUGUCUGGCUUAAAAAUAGACAGGACCUGGAGAAGUUCAUUCGUGAGUCCAGGGCAGCUGCUUCUCAUCUGGACACUGCCGAAGCACAAAUACAGCAGGCCUACUCCAAAAAGGACUCAUCUAGUCCACUUGAGUCAUUAAGACAACAUCGCUACUUCCAGGAUUCAAUCAUGUCUGUACCUACACAGGUCAUCAGAGAUGGGCGGGAGUUAUUGUCUCAGCUUCGCCGCCACCGUGAUCCUCCACAGGGACAGGACAAGGACUCAGUGUGGACCUUGGACGACCUUGAAGCACAGAAGCAGGUCAAGCGCCUGAUUCAGUAUAUAGAGAACCGUGUUGAAAAACUACAGAACUAUCUAGAGAACCGUGAUCGCACGCUCAGUCUGAACCUGCAAUAUGAAGAUCUGCAGCGGGACAUUAAAACGGUUGUUGACUGGAUUCUUGGCCCAGGAGAGAAGUUGCUUUCAUCUCAGGUUGAUAUUGGAGAUUCAUAUGAGACUGCUGACGAGUUACGUAGACGCCAUGAAGAAAUGGAAAUCAAAUGCAUGGAUACAUAUGGACAGUAUGCAGAGCUGCGUUACAAAGCAGAGGAGUUGAUGGAAGAGGACCACCCAGGACGUGACGACAUUCACAGCAUACGUGACUAUAUGGAUACUGUUUGUCGCAGCUUCGCCAGUCGCCUGGAACGACGCAGGACACUGCUGAUCACCUCUGUCAGAUUCCACAGACUAGCUGAAGACUUUUCCCAGAAACUGGACAAUCUUUUGGAGCUUCUGUGUACAGAAACAGAUGUGGUUGAUGUGGAUACAGCGGAAAAGGCCCUCGCAGAACUCAAUGAAAAGUGUGAUAGCAUCGAUUUGGCAGCAACACAAUCUCUAGCGGACGGACAGAGCCUUUUGGACGAAAUGUCUCGACCAAUCAAAAACGCGUCUGGGAAAGAUAUUUCACCUGACUACGACACACAGAUAAAACACAUCAACAAGUGUCUUGAAGAUCUUCAGGAGAGAAAGAUGCGAUGUGACGACCUGGCAGAUGUACGAAAACUCAAACUACAACAACUUCUGCAACUACGCACAUGUGAGCGUGAUGCUGACCAGGCGAUUGCGUGGAUCCGAGAGCUAUGUGAGGUGAUGUUGUAUACUCACACCAGUAUGGGCCACACACCGCAAGAGGCUGAAAUCCUUCAGGAGGAACACAAGAAAUUUGAAUCUACUGCCGAGGGUACAUAUGACUAUGGAAAACAACUGUUGCAAGCAGCCUUUGUCCUACGGAGAUCUUUGAGGAUAGACCUUGCACCGAAUGAGGAACGCGUAGUACAGCUGGAUGAGGCAUGGAAACGGUUCUCCGAGGGAACAAACGAGCGGGCCAAUAGGCUGACUGUGGCAGCCAUGUUCCUGUCAUCGGCUGAAAAGCUUUUUGAACAGUUGGAGCGACUCAUGGUGCCUGUAUCUCAGGCACUAGCAGGGGAGAUAACUGCGCACGAUGUGAUGAGGCACCAUACGGCCAACAAGGAACAAAUGGAGUCUGAAUAUAAUGAUACGAAUCACAUGGGACGAGCACUAUUGGAACGACUUUCCUUACCGAUCAUCCUGGUAGAUGGUGACAACAAACAGGUUUCCAUAGAUGAUCAAGGAGCGAGCGAAAGCAUUGUUGGUAAAUUACGUAAACUGGACCGGCAGGUUCAGGAGCUGAAUCAGGGUUGGGAGGAGAUGCAACAGGUAAGACGUCCUCCAGUCCCACAACCUCCACAGAGAACCUCCAGCCAACGAAGUCAGACGCUUCCAAGGUCAAACUCUGGGUCGAUGAGGUCAAAUGAAAAACUCCCACAGAAAGCAGAAAGUAUGCGUCGCAGGCCCCGACAAUGGACAUCUGAGGUAGACAGCCGCAGUGGCCCUUCCAUUACAGAAGGGCCAGUUUCAAAUCAAAACCAGGGCAGAAAAGAAGUGAAGGAAAAAAUGCAGAAGCUUUCAAAUGCUCCACAAGAAAGUGUUGUUUCCCGGUCAUAUGCUGUGCCAGUGAAGUCGGCACCUCUUACACCAGCGGUCAAAGUCCACAAUGCCUGCCCGUCCAGGGGUCAGGACAGAACUUAUGUUUCGAAGUGUGAUAACAACUUUAGCUUCCCUGUCCUGACAUCCAGCAAAAUGUCGGACAGUUUAUCGGAUAUAACGGACCUUUCGGAGCUUUCGCCCUCCACAACGACUAUUAGUACUGUGGCCGUUCAAUCUGGCCGCUCUAAAGUCGUACUCGCUAUAUUACGAGGUGCAGAAUGGAUCAGAGUGCGCGUACACCAAAUGGAACCAGACCUGAUGGACGUGGGGUCCACGAUCGAGGAGGCGCUCCAGUAUCUAAAAGAACACAACGAGAUGCUGGCCAAACUCAAGGCCAAAGAAGAAGAAGUGAAGAAGAUACUGUGUAGUGCUGACUCGUACGUGACGGAGAAUCCGUCUCAGGCAGAUGUGUACAGUGCCAUGGCCGACACGCUCAGCGAGGCUUGGAGAGAGCUCAACAAGAAACUAGAGGCUCGUAGCCUCAUUCUGGAGCAAAGUGUGGAAUUCCACAAAAGUGCGCACGAGUUUUCGUCAAAAAUGGAGCAAGCACAGGGUAAAUUUUCGACCUCUGUGCCGACUCAUGACGUUGAAACCGCCCGCCACUUGCUUCAGCAACAUCAAGAGAUCAAAACCGGAAUAUUGGAAGCAUCAAAAUCAACACUAAACCAAGGACAUAUACUACUCACACGCAUACGAGAAAUGGGUAUGCAUGCGGACUUACAGAACAGGCACGCUACCACCGCCGCGUGCUUUGGAAUAGAACAUCUACUAGAACUAUUGCAAGACCGAAGACGAAGACUUGAGGAUAUCUGGGAACAGCGUCGGAUCCGACUGGAACAGUGCUUCCAGCUUUGUCAACUCGACAUGGAAGUCAACAAGAUACUGGACUGGUACAGAACAGUCGGAUCCACAUACCUGCAGAAAAGUGAGCUGGGCGACUCAUUCCAUCAAGUCCAGCUUCUGCAGGAGGACCAUUACAGAUUUGAAACUCAAGCAAAACACAUACAACAGACGGUUGUGCGACUGGUGCGCGAUGCCGACCAGCUCCUGCGCCGUGCCAACAUGGAUGCGGAGGGCGUGAGGCGACGCCUCCAGACCGUCGACCGUGAAUGUGAAGACUUUAGAAACAAACUAGACAACAGACGAAAAAACAUCAUGAUGGCUGCGUCAUUCUUUGACCAGGCAGAAACGGCUCUAACAAAAUUGGAUCAGGUUGAAGUCCAACUUAACAGCACGGACUUACCGAGGAACAGCGCAGCGCUUGCCGACAGGCAUGCUCAGUUGUCUAACGCCAUCGUGGAAGCUUCCACACAGGCCCAACGAGAGGGGCGCAUCCUACUGGAGAGGGUCAGUAGGGACGACCCCGGGGCUGAUGGCGUCAGACGCAGGAUGACACUGUUGCAAGAGCGUUGCGCUGGUUUGGAGUCCCUGUGCAAGGCGCGACGGGCGGAGGCUUGGGAAAGAAGCCAGGCCUACCUACAAUUCCAGGAACACUUUAACAGCCUACAAACAUGGCUGACUUCCAUAGGCCAGGCCACCCUAAGCCAACACGCGGACAUGGGAACACGCCUUGAGACAGCGGAGGACUUCUUAGAAAUUCAUGAACAACUAGAACAAGACUUAAGGGACAAGAAUGCGGAGUUGGAGGCCUUGUUUGAGGCGGGGGUAAAUCUGGUCAAGUCAGGGGACCAGGAGGCCCAGACCGCUGCAGGAAAGGUCGACACAUUACACAAACAGAUGCAGAGGCUGCAUCGCAUUGUUGAAGUCCGCAUUCAGUUGUCUCUUGUCUACCUGUCAUUCCACAAGCUUGUGCAACAGCUAACUACUAGCAUGAGUGGGCUAGAACACAUUAUGACGUCGGAAACUGAGAACUUGCAGGAUCUCACCGACCAGGCUAUGCGCCACACAGAGGAAAUGUACACAAAGCUCAGCGAACUGUACAAAGAAACACAAGACAAAGGGAAAACAUUCUUCCAGAAUUCUUCUACGGUUACGGAUGACUCAACAUUGAAUGUAAAAGAGCCUGUCCUGACUGUGGAGAGAAUCAUCUCCGAGUACAGUGAACGUAUGACCUACAUACAGACGGUAUGGGAGUCAUGGCAACAGAAGGUCUCCACCAGCCGUCAGUUCAAAUCGCAGUGGCAUCAGUUCGUCCAGGAUGCCAGGAAGACCAUAGAUCGGGUCAUGAAGACCGAGAACGAAUUCUUCUUCCCAAAUAUAGCCGGUUACCUAGGUAACUCAACAACAUCGGCUGAAGAAUUGCAGAAAAAAAUUGAUGAUUUUACACCAGCAUUUAAGAGUGCUAUAGAGGAACUUGACAAGCAUCUAAGUACUGCUGAGCUCAUGGAAAUGAAAGGAGAUACCAAAGGUCAAAAGGACAUGAUCGUCAAUGAGCUUGUCAAGGUUCGCCAGCGCUUCCAGGCGCGUAUACAUGAGUAUCGGAUACUCAUCAAGAUGACCAUUCAGUUCUUCCGUAACUUGGACCAGUUGGACAAGUUGAUUGAGAAGACGGAGAAGGAAUACACACAGUCAGAACUGCCAUCUGACCUGUCCCAAGCCGAGAGCAUGUUGGAGGAGCACAAACGCAAACAGAAAGAGGUCUCCUCCCUCAUAAACUUUACCUCUGGCGAGGGAGAGAAAAUCGUCGUCCGUGUACGACAAACAGAUGCUGAGGCAGCAGCACAGGAGGAUGUGGAGCGUGUCCUCAAUGUUACCGCCGAGUAUAAACAGAGGUGGAACCAGUCAUGGGAGGACCAAGAGAAACGACUCAAACAGAACCUCCAGAUCUGUCAGUUCAAUUACGACCUCAGACAGAUUCACUCGGAGAUUGAUGACCUCCACCAUCAUCUCCAGGCCAGGCGCGGUAGCUAUGGCAACUCACUACCUGCUGCCCGUAUGACAUCACAGGCCUUCAAACAGUUUGAAAUGACUGUUCAGUUAAUAGAGAAGAAGAUCGGGAUGUUCACCAGCACCGCACAGGUAAUGGUACAGGACCAACAUUACGACGCUGUCCAUAUCGGACGCGAAAUCGAUCUUCUCAAGACAAAAUGGAGCACAUUCCACACAAGUGUUGGCAACUACCGCAUGUUACUCGAUGUCUCUAUCACAUACUUCACACUCAUUGAGGAGUCGGAGCAAUGGAUUCGUGAGGGAAACACACUACUCAUCAACAUCAGUCGGCGUACACCCGAGUGCCGUAAUCCAGAGGAGGCAGAAACUCUUGCACGCUCACUGAACACCUUCAUGGAGACCGGUAAACCACGACAGGAUGACCGGUUGAAGCAUAUAUCUGAGCUGGCUAUAGAACUGUACGGGGAUGAGGGACCUAUGAAGGUUCACCAUCUCUUUGUCAGUAACCAAGACCUCAUGACGUCCGCCCAACAAAUGGACGCAGAGAUCGCCAAAAUACACCAAAACCUCACACAGGCCCAGAUGGCACCACCAGUCCAAGAGGAUGUUGUUCCCAUGGAAGUUACCGUGACAGCAUCUGCUGCAAUUGCCAAGCAACCGCCAAGGGUCACACUGCAUCUCAAGGACGCAGAAGUAAUGGAGGGUGAAAAGGUCACACUGCAAUGUCGGGUACAAAGUGACCUCCCGCCAGAGGUUACUUGGUUCAAGGACAACAUGCCCCUUAAUAGCCCCGACUACGAGACUAAGUUUGACCUUGGGUGUGCAACCUUGACAAUAGAAGAAACAUUCUCCGAGGACACAGCCCGCUACACUUGUCGUUUUACUAAUGAAGUUGGAGUUGCCGAAAGUUCAUCUUAUCUACAUGUUAGAGAAACACACCAACAGAUUAUCCCCCCAGAUUUCACACGUAACCUGAAGUCGGUGGAUGUGUUAGAAAGCGGUUCUUUUGCUUUCGAAUGUCAUGUGACGGGAAUUCCGUCCCCCACGAUUUCGUGGUACAAAGAUGAUAUUAACAUUGACAGCUCUCCAGAGUAUGUCAUAACUAAGAUCAACGGCACAUGUUGUCUCAAGAUGCGUAAAGUGUUUCGCAGUCAUAAUGCCCGAUACACAUGUCGUGCCAACAAUCCAGGCGGCGAGGCUUCAUCUUCGGCCCGCCUCACGGUCAUCCCCCUGGAGAAGCCAGUUAUUCACAGUAUGUCCGAAGACGUCAAUAUCCCAGAGGGAAAAAGCGUCAAACUGGAAAUUAUCUUCUCUGGCUCGCCGACCCCAGAGGUCACAUGGUACCGUAAUGACGACCGCAUCUCCCCGACCUCUGUGUAUAAGAUCACCAUAGAGCUCAACAGGUCGGUGUUGGAAAUCACUGAGGCAUAUACUGAGGAUUCUGGGACAUACAAAGUCACGCUCCAGAACACUGCUGGUGAGACUCACAGAACUUGCCAGGUCAACGUGGAGAACUUUUACUCUAGUGCCGCUGAGGAGAUGUCCAUAGCAUCACUGGAGGCGGAGCCCCAGAAACCAAGUUUCGUUCAGCCCCUGGCCCCAGCCCGCGAGGUCAUGGAGGGAAGCCGGGUCAGACUUGACUGUGUUAUCACGGGCCACCCAGAACCAGAGGUGAUCUGGUUCCGUAAGGACAAACCAGUCAAAGAGUCCAAGGAUAUCCAGCUGUUGUUUGAGGGCGACCGAUGCACGCUGAGUAUUCGUGAAGCCUACCUUGAGGAUAGUGGUCUAUAUCGCUGUGUAGCUCGUAACCAGCAUGGUGAUGCUGAAAGCGUCUGUAAACUCCACGUUGAACCAUUGAGCGAGUUGAGUGACGCCUCAUGUGGAGAAGUUGCCGCCCCAAAAUUCACGCAACUGUUACGUGACCUAUCCAUCCCGAUCGGUCACCGUGUGUGUCUGCAGUGUCGUGUGACGGGUCACCCCGUCCCCGACAUACAGUGGUACAAGGACAACAAACUUAUCGAGAACAGUCCUGAUUACCAGCUAACAGCUUUCGCUGAUGUGCAUAAUCUGACAAUUCCCGAGACGUUCGAGGAGGAUACUGGAAACUACAUGGUUCGCGCUACGAACCUGGUCGGUGAGGCCAAAUGUUACGCCAAGCUGUCGGUGAAGGCACCAACACAGCCAAUCCAGGAGGCUGAGGUGAUGCGUAUCCGACGCGUGGUGGAAACAAAGGAAUCCAACAUGAUCGUAAAACGUGAAGACGGUUUGGAACAAUCGCCACCAGAAUUCCAGAAACUCUUCCAGGACAUGACAGUCAAUGCCGGGGAUAACGUCACGUUUGAGUGCAUGAUUACUGGCAGUCCAAAACCAAAGGUCACAUGGUAUUUUAACGGGGAACCUGUCGUUUCCCGAGACUAUCAGAUCUCCAUGGAGAUCAACAUAUACAGACUACACAUCCCUGAGGUGUUCGAUGAGGAUGCAGGACGCUUCUCCAUUACUGCUGAGAACCCGUCAGGCAAAGCUACAUGUUCAGCCUGUCUGAACGUAGACGAGGAACCAACAAUCCCCAAGACCAGAAUAUUUGGAAAUACAGAGAUGCUAUCUAAGCGUGUGUCCCGUACUGAGACAACAACUACCGAAACACAUGUCAAGCAUAUCUUCGAGUCUGCACAGCGUGAUACGUACAUACCAUCAUACGAGUCACAUUCGACCACCAUCUUGACAGAUAUGUCUGAUGCCGAGCCUGUCCCCAUGGUCGGGGCCACAGAGCAUUACGCAACAACCAUCAAGACAGACAUGCCGCCUGCCUUUAAGCCGGUAGAUCUGACAAUUGCCGUGCCGAUCCCUCCCAAGUUCCUCCAACCGCUGAAAAACAUCACAGCUGCGGAGGGCAGUAAGGUCGUUUUUGAGGGAGUCGUGUCAGGCAAACCCGAGCCAACAAUAAAAUGGUUCCGUGAAGGUAAACAACUCACGGACAAAGCUGACUUUGAGAUUGGCUACAGAGACGGACGUGUCUCUCUGACCAUUCCAGAAGUUUUCGAGGAAGACGCUGGGCGCUUUGAGUGCCAGGCUGACAAUGAAGGAGGCAAAGCAACUAGCUCAUCCCAACUUUUAGUUAGAGCUACCAUGAUUCCUCCAAAGUUCACUGAAAAGCUAAAGAUCAUGGAAACCUGCGAAGGCCAGGCCGUGCGUUUCACAGUGCGCGUGUCAGGUCAGCCGCCUCCGACCGUCACCUGGUACCGUGAGGGUGCCCAGGUGGUUAGCUCUCGAGACUUUGAGAUCAUCACGGAGGGUGACCUCCACACUCUGUACAUUCCAGAGGUGUUCCAAGAGGAUGGUGGAAGCUUUACUGCCACCGCCGAAAAUCCUGCUGGGCAUGCUCAGUGUACAACCGAACUCAGGAUUCUGGCCCCUAUGGAUCAGGCCCCAGCCCCUGUUCACAAGCCUGUGACAGAGGUCAGGGAAACCUUUGACCAGAGAAGGGCCCCACUAAGAGAAGCUCCCAAGCCUUUCGAACCCACAGAGGAACCAAGCGCAAAGGUUCCCAAGCUGCAGCGCCCAUCACAAUUUGUAACGAGGCCAGAACCAAAACCAAAAAUGUUCAGUGAGCAGGUCGAGGUACAGGUUGAAAGCAAGCCACAGUUUGCUCCCGUUGAAAUGCGCAUUCCGCUGUUUAAGCAACCUGCACCCGCGGAGGAAGUGCCUCCACCACUGCCAACAUCUAAACCCCCGGUUUUUGUCACAACAAAGGAGAAACCUGUCUUCACACAGAUGUUGAAGAACAUUUCUGUGUGUGAAGGAGAAAGGGUUGUGUUUGAGUGCCGUAUAUCGGCUCACCCAGAACCUAUCGUCAAGUGGUACAGAGAAACUGUUGUCAUCUCGAGUUCCCCAGACUAUGAAAUCACGUGGGAGAACAACACUGCCAGGCUGACGAUUGCCGAAAUAUUCCCAGAGGACUCUGGAGUCUUUAAGUGUGUGGCCACUAAUGCUGAGGGGAGUACCACAUCAGAAGCCAGACUCCAAGUUAAACCUGCAACCCCUGAACCAGAAGUUCCAAUUACUGAGGAACCAGUUCAGCAAGCCAUGGCACCCAAGCGGGAUGAGAAAUUACCAGCAAUGACAACAGCCAUCCCUCCACAAUUCACAGACAAACCUGGAAAUUCUCGCCUUGUUGAGGCGACCAACACCAUCUUUGAAUGCCAUGUAACUGGAGUACCCUUCCCAGAAAUCACCUGGAAGAAGAGGGGAUUCCCCGUUAGAACAGAUAACAGACACAGAAUGACUGUUGAUACUUUGAGUGGUCGAUGCUCACUGACCAUCUCUCACUGUCGUCCUGACGAUUCUGGAGAGUACAUGUGUACAGCGGUCAACUUGGCUGGACAGGACACGGUCACAGCUACUCUACUGCCCGCUGAAGUGAGGGCGGCAUCGCCACCACCACCACCCAUUCCGUCCAUCCCUGUUGCUCCACUGAAGAGCUGGAAGCCAGUAUCAGCAGAGCCCAGGGAGACCUAUGUUCCAGUCCAGGAACCAGUAACGAGAAAACCAUGGGAACCCGUUCAGGUCCAGAAACAGCAGCCGGUUUCUGCACCUUCUAAGACUUGGGAACCACCAAUGACUGAGCUUAGGGCUCGUAUGGAGGCCCCACAGCGUCAGCCCCAGGAGUUUGUGGUUACUCGUGCUGAGAAGAUUCUGGAGAGCAAUCUUCAGUACAGACGGUCUAAGGAACCAGAGGAGAAGAAACAGCCACCUGUUCAGGACUUCCAGUCUGUUGGAUUUGAGCAGCGACUGAUGAGUGAGAAUUACAUGCGUGAUGGCCACAUCAAAAUUUCCAGCGAGACAGAAACUUCAGAAUAUGAAUCUGAACUCCAGGAUGACCGUGGACCACCAGCACCACCUGCCAGCCCAGCAAUCGUCCAGAAACAAGACUUCCGUCUCAUUGAGGGCUCAGAUGCGACCUUUGUAUGCAGAGUCACAGGUCGUCCCAGGCCAAAGAUCGCCUGGUACAAAAAUGGACACAGAAUCAAACGGUCCAACAGAUAUGAGAUGAAGUAUACAAAGGAUGGAUACUGUACACUACGUAUCCGUAUCGCCCUGCCAGAGGACGCCGGUCACUUCACCAUCCUGGCAGUCAAUGCUUCGGGCAAAGCCACCUGUUCCAGCAUGCUGUAUGUGGACAGUGUAGGACAGAUCGACUCCACCUCAUUUGUGGCCCCCACCACACUGGAGAAGAUGGCCAGCAAGGACAAACUGAAGAGCCAGAAGCCGGAGGACCAGAGCGGAAUCCUUGAGGCACUAGUACGCCCAACCUUCAAAAAGAUUCCAGAGAGUCUUCAGGCUAGGGAGGGUCAAACGGUCAGAUUAGACACUGUUGUGUCCGGCCGUCCUGCACCUGAACUGACCUGGUACAGAGAUGGACAGCCUGUCCGUAACGACAUGAAUCAUAAAACGGUAGUCAAUGAGGACGGAGUUAAUUCCCUUAUCAUUCUGUCUGCCUCUCGCUACGACGCAGGAACAUACAUGUGUGUGGCUAAGAGCAAAGCUGGAGAAAACUCUUUCAACGUCAUUGUCUCCAUCCUUGAGAAGGAGAUGUUACAACCUCCCAAGUUUAUAAACAGGAUGCCAAACGUGACAGCCAAGACUGGCGAGCCCAUCACCUUGUCGUGCGAGGUCCAAGGUACCCCUACACCGAUGGUCAGCUGGCAGAAAGAUGGAAAAAUGCUGAUCCCUAGCAACCCGUACAGGAUUGACAUUGAGGGUAACCGCUCUACACUCUACAUAGAACGCUGUGAGCCGACAGACUCCGCUUGGUUCCAGUGUUCAGCGAUAAAUGUGGCAGGAAGUGCCUCCACCCGGGCCAAGGUUCAUGUACCAGCUGAGAUGCCCAAGCCAGAACCAGUGAGGAAGUUUACAGUACCAAAGGUGUCUGCACCACCACAAGUGGCUCCCAAACCACCACAAGUGGUGCCAAAGGUUGCUCCACAGGAACAGGCCAAAGCACCACCUGCAAGGAUGCCAGGAUCACAGUCACCACCUCACUAUGAUAUCCAAUCAGAGGGCUUGGUACAACAGAUCUCGUACAGCACAGAAGCAGGAAGUGCUCUUAUGCGUCUUAUUAAAGAGGAGGACGCUUCAAGUUGGUAUGAUAUACAUAAGGAGGGCCCCGUACAACAGAUAUCAUACGCUUCAGAAUUGGAAAGUGGGACGUUACGCCUUAAGGGUACUCCCACUCCACCUAAAGAAGAUAGCCCCCCAGCGAAGCCUCAAACUCAGAAACCCAGCGAGCAGACGUAUAAUCGCCCAUUCCCACGGGUACCACCCCCAACUCCUGCUUCUACAUCUGUAGAAUCCUCUCCCGUCAUCAAACGUCGCAAGGUUGUAUCUAAGACUCACAUAACACCUGCACAUCCACCCAUGGUUCCGGUUGUGGCACCUGUAGCAGAGCACCCGGCAAAAGAAGAACCUAUGGAAGAAGAGGAAAUGGUAUUGCCCCAGAAUGUGGCUGAUGCCAAGAGAAGAUUUGAGACCCCAGAAAAAUCAUUGCCACCUGUCGGUAAGCCACCUAAGGCUCCGAUGAAACAUGUAGCAUCACCAAAACCAGUGGCACCACAGAGGCCUUCACCCAAACCUGUGGCACAAGAGCCAAUGUUCCGCCCAGAAGCUGUAAAACGUGACGAGGUACCACCAGUACGUGUCCAGCGACCGACUGAAUCACCAGUGAGGCAUGUUGAGCCCCCUAGGCCUAAGGAGCCGUCACCAAUGCCUGCUAGGCAAGAUGUCCUCCCAAUUCCGCCUGGCGUACCUGGAGCCUACGACAUCCAAUCAGAGGGUCCGGUACAGAUGAUCACUUACGUAUCAGACACAGAGGCUGGCUACCUUCGUCUCGUCUCGGAGGACGAACUUGACUCCUCAAGGUCAAGGUCUGUGUCUAUGGAAAGACCACGCAUUCCAAUGCCAAUGCCAAAACCAAGGACACUUGCUGUGCUAUCAUCUACAGAGGAAGAAUUUGAACGGUAUGACGAUAAGCCGAAACACGAACCACAGCUUCCCGCGUCGCUGCAGACCAAGUAUAAACAGUUCAGACCUGUUAAACCACCACAGCAACGCAAGAAGAAGAAGUCUAAGACACCGUCACCACCAAAGGAACAGCCACCAGUGGCACCAGCUCCUGCCAUCGUGCCACAAAUGGCUCCUAAGCCACCACAAGUGGCACCAGCACCUACAUUUGUACCACAGGUGGUCCAAAAGCCACCACAAGUAGCCAUGUUUGAACCAAGAAAGGAGAAAGUAACCCCUAAGGUGGCCCCCAAGCCCCAGGGGAGAUCACCCCCAGUGGCGUCCCCUGUCGCGUCACAUAUUGACAUAGCGGUAACUGGGACCCCAACACCAGUAGAGUUUUAUGUUCCAAAAGGAAAGAAGCUUCAUCAUCAUAAGCUUACAAAAAUGGUGGUUGUGCCGUCCGACUCUGAGAAAGAGAAGUCGGAAGCCACUAUUACAAUAAAACAGGCCGUCCUUCGUAGAGGGCAGCCCCCAGUGCCAGCGGCUAGAGUUGUCCGCAAGACUUCAGAGCCCCCAAAAGACAAACUAGUUAUUGAGGUAAAAGAACAACUUCAUGAACCUGUACCAAUCAGGCAGCGGGAGCCUGUACGUGCUCCAACAGUUCCUAAGGCAACUACCACGGUUACCGAGUACGAAGACAGAGAGUACUGGUCACCGGAGAGGAAGGAUGUUUUUAAGGUCAAGGAGACCAUAGAAGCCACCUGGGAUAGAGUGUUUGCAGCGGAGAAUUUCUGCUAUCGUGACUAUUUGGGAGUAAUCGGGGGUGCCCCCGAUUUGUUAUCACUUGUCAGAGUUGAAGAUCAUGAGAGCGCGGUACGUGAGUACAUCCGCCGCGAGGGUGAAGCUCCCGCUGAGGAAGACAUUUACGACAAACAAAAACCAAAGAAACCAUGGUUCAAGACGCAGAUCAAGAAUCUCAUGGGCCUGAAGGAGAAUGACUCUGCCCACUUUGAGUGUAAACUCCUCCCACUUGGCGAUCCUACAAUGAAAGUCGAGUGGUAUAAGGAUGGACAACCUCUUCAUCAUGGUCAUCGCUACAAGCCAAUGCACGAUUUCGGCUUUGUCUGUCUUGAUAUUUUAUACACAUACCCAGAAGAUUCCGGGGAAUAUUCUUGUAUCGCCCGCAACUCCCAAGGGGAGGCUACUACAGCUGCCGUUCUCAGGUGUAGAGGACGCCGGUCCAUCAUUGUGGAAACACAACUUCCAGGAGAAGGUGCCAUGCGUCUUCAGGAAAUGGAAGAAUAUUGGAGAAGCAACAUGCACCUGGAAGAGAGAACUAUGGAUGAGCCGAGGGAACGGAUCCCACCUUCUAUUGACCUUAAACCGGAACCUGUGGAAACUGGAGAAGGAGAGGUCGCUAAGUUCAUGAUCAAAGUCAGUGGUUACCCACGACCCCGCGUCAACUGGUGGGUUAACGGCACCAUUAUCAUGGGUAGCACACGCUUCAAGCUGCGCUAUGACGGCAUGAUUCACCAUCUUGAGAUCCCACGCGUGCGAGAGUACGAUGCUGGACAAAUCCGUGUGGUCGCCAAGAACACUGAGGGAGAGGCCGAAGCUAGUACUACACUACAUGUAGUGCCGAAAGAAGACUGGAGGUCACGCCUACGACAAGCACCUAAAGGAGAAUUAGAAAUUGAACUUGAGCGCAGACGUAAAAUUGAAAUGCGUUCCGUUGAGCUUGUAACAGCCAUGGAGAAACCAAAGGCUACUACAUACGAACUCAAGCAGAUCGAGAGAGCUGCUGAGAAACGUGUAGUUAUGAGACAAGAGAAGGAAGUGAUGAAUGCGGAACAGCUGUAUAUGUCCGUCCAGUCGAAACCAACGAUGCGUGAACUACCUGCCCGAGUGGUCAGAGCUGACCGUCCAGAAAUUCAAGUGGACAUCCAGAAAGCACGUAUGGUGCCGGUCAUCCCUGAACAGGGCGUCCCCGAUGAGAGCAAAAUAUCAGAGACCCAGAUUGUUCUGGAGCGUCGUGAACCACCUGUGUUUACGAAACCUCUACGCCCAGUCAGAGUGACUGAGGGCAAGCCAAUAACAUUGGAGGUACACUUCAAAGGCUAUCCACCCCCAAUCAUCUCCUGGUACAGGGACAGCUUCGAAAUUAAACCGUCACAUGAUUUCCAGAUUUCGGUCACGGAGACGGUGAGCACGUUAUUCAUCCCAGAAGUGUUCCCAGAGGACACUGGUAUGUACAUGGUAAAAGCUUACAACAUGUACGGCACCGUCCAGUGUAAGGCCAAGAUGACCGUCAUCGAGGAGGAAUCACCGGAACGCGACAUACCACCUGAGUUCCGUAGCCUGAUUCGCGAUAGUAACGUCCUCCAAGGUGAACCUGCCACGUUCGACUGUCAGGUGUCAGGACGUCCCAAACCCAAAAUCCACUGGCAGAAGGACGGCAAGACACUGUCUGAGAGUCCAAGGUGGAAGUUCAUUGAGGAAGACAGCAAUUUUACAAUGGUUAUCUACGAGGUCACUCCUGAGGAUGUUGGCCAAUACGAUUGUGUAGCAAUCAACACAGUUGGCAAGGCCACAUGUACCGCCAGGCUGAAUGUGGAAGUUCCCGUCAAACCAUCAGAGACCGAGGAACAGAAAUUGGCUGAAGCUCCCGUGGAGCCGCCUAUGGUGACGGAAGAGCCACAGAAUCUGGAGGUGGACGAGGGUGAGCCAGUCACCUUCACCUCAAGGAUCACAGGCUCUCCUCCACCAAAUGUGACGUGGUACAGAAACAAUGUUAUGAUUAAACCAUCAAAAUAUUUCCGUAUGGAAUCGACCCCUGAUGGCACUCACAGCCUCAGCAUUCUGGAAGCCUUCCCAGAAGACACUGGUACCUACCGUUGUGUAGCUCGUAACAAGGUGGGAGAAGUGACGUGCUCUGCCACUCUGAAGGUACAUGCCUUGGAGAGUGAAGCGGAAGCUCCUGUCCCCGCCCAGAAGGACACACCCCCAAGCUUCACCAAGCCGAUCUCGAACACGCUUGUUGUGGAGGGAAGUUCUGCCUCGUUUGAGGCUGAAUACUCUGGUUUACCUGAACCAAGCAUUACCUGGCUGAGAAACAGUCUUCAGGUCCUACAAGACUCUACCAACUACAAGAUUGAGCGUACAAGCACCAGGACCAUCCUGACAAUCCGUGAGGCCCGUCCUGAAGAUAGCGGUCUUAUCACCUGUCGUAUCAAGAACGUUGCUGGCAUCACCGAGUGCUCAGCCGAACUCUAUGUCCAAGAUACAGAGGAGGCUCGGUUACUGGAGGAGAAAUACAUCACAACGAUCAAAACAACUCCACCUGAGUUUGUUAAAGCUUUGUCCCCUGUACAGGAUGUACAGCCAGGAGGCACUGCUAGACUGUAUGCAUCUAUCAAUGCUUAUCCGCCACCGAAGUAUCAGUGGUAUACUAAGGGCAUCCAGAUCGUGCCCAGCGAGCGAAGACAGAUGGUACAGGAAGACAAUGCUAUCGUCCUCAUUAUCAUCAAUGUCCAGGAGGAGGAUUCGGGCGACUACAUUCUCAAGGUCGAGAAUGAGAUGGGCGAGGUCACCUGUAGAACCACACUGACUGUUAGAGGUAAGACCCAGUACGUGUCCAUGCCACCUACGGACUCCGAGACACUGACCAUCAAAGAGACCACAACCAUGGUCACUCGGGAGGAACGCUAUGUCACCGAGAUGAUCAAGCCGGAGCUCGUGGAACCAAUGGAGCCUGAAAUCUAUGUCCGGGAACGUGGAAUAGCAAGGUUACAAUGUAAAGUUGACAGCUAUCCACCUCCCCUUGUCACCUGGUUUGUAAACGGAAUGGAGAUCCGUCCAUCGCCACAUUAUGAAAUGACAACAGAGGAAGGAAACAGUGUUCUCCUCAUCAUAGAAGUUGGCCCAGAGGAUACCGGCGAAUAUACCUGUCGGGCCGUCUCGGAGCUCGGAGAGGUCAUGUCCAGCACAACCCUCUAUGUACAAGAACCAGUGACGAAAGAAUUGCCAGUCGUACUGAAAAAACCAGAAGAUACAAUCUCCUUGGAGCCUUCCCCAUCAGAGGAGCUGAUGCCCCCGCGAUUUGUUGAGGUGUUGCCUUCUAUGGAGACUUAUGACGGAGAUGAAGUCAAGAUUCCAUGCAAGGUGGUAGGGAAACCCCCACCUCAGGUUUCUUUCUUCCACAACGGAAAGAACAUUGACCACGACGAGGAGUAUGUGGUGUCGUACAACCCCGAUACUGGGGACAUACAUCUUCUCAUUGUGGAGGUGUUUCCAGAGGACGAGGGAGAGUAUGUGUGUGUGGCCUCCAACCCUGCUGGCGAGGCGAGCACCCGCGCCUACCUCACCGUUCUCUCACCCGAAGACUCUGUCGAUGCUGCACCCAUGGAAACUGAAGUAGUACCGCAGUUUAUUGACCGACCCAAACCAGAGCCGCUGGUGAAAGAAGAACCACCAGUGUCGCCACCACGUGAAAAACCAGUUAAGAUGGAAGUAACUGAAGUGAAGAGACCAGAAGAACCCAUGGAGGAAGCUGUGGAGGAGGUAACAGAACAAAUGACAAAACCGCAAAUAAUUGAACGGGAGAAGAAGGUACCUUUGGAACCGGAGAGAGCUCCCGAAUCUCCAGAAAGAACUGUUAAGGUUACCGUGGAACGUAAACCUGCUCCUAAGCCUGAGGAGAAACGCACAGAAGUUUCUGAAGCCGUUCUGCAGCCCAAGGCUGUCACCAGAAAGUUCCAAAUACCACAGGUAGAAGGGAAGCCUGUUGAUGAACAAGUCGACAAAGAGGACUCUGUGAUUGGCGAGGAGAAACCUCCACAGAAGGAGGAAGUCGUCAGUCAGUUUACACUAGAGGAAGCACAAGAAGUGACAGAAAUCCCACCAGAGUUUGUGGAGCUCCUUGAGCCCCAGAUGAUUCCAGAUGGGGAGGAGGUUACCAUGACUUGUCGCGUUGAGGGCACACCCUUCCCGACAGUCACAUGGUACCGUGAGCGACAAGAGAUCACGCCUAGUGCCGACUUUAAGAUGACUCAAGAUGAGAACACUGGCGUUUGUACCCUGUACAUACCUGAAGUUUUCCCAGAGGAUGCUGGGGAGUACGCUUGUAGAGCAGUAAACCCCUUUGGAGAGGCUGUUACCACAGCAACCCUUCUUGUUCACACCAUGCCAGAAGAACCGGACAAGGAGGAUGUCACUGUCAUUGAAGAGAAGUAUGUGACUAAGAUUGAAAAAUCACCCGAGUUUGUACGUCCCCUAAAUCCUGUCCUGGAUGUAGAGGAAGAUCAGACUGCACGACUUGAAGUUGAGGUCGUUGGUGAACCCAGGCCAAAGGUCACAUGGUAUGUAAACGAGAUUCGUCUUAUGCCUUCACCACGUAUCCAGAUUGUGGACGAGCGAACCACUUCCACGUUGGUCAUCACGAAGGUUGUACCGUCGGAUUCCCAGGACUAUAUCUGUGUGGCCGAGAACGACCGUGGUGUAGUCACAUGUAAGACUACCCUACAUGUCACACCUAAGAAAAAGGUGGAGUUCAAUCUGCCACGAGAGGAACGCCCCAAGCAGUUCCACCCAGAGACUUCAAGGUACCCAGUGUCUGAAGAUGAAACAGGUCCCAGUGCUAGCGAGGAUGAGCUUCCAGAGGAAAUGAGGAAUCCACCAGUUUUCACAGAACUUUUACAGCCCAAAAUUGUUCGUGAUGGGGAACGGGUUGAGUUCCUUGUCCACUUUCGUGGGACCCCACAACCAAAGGUCAAGUGGUUCCACGAUGGUCAUGAACUGAAACCAUCUACUGACUUUCAGAUCAGCAUCAAUUUCAAUACAGGGGAGAGUACUCUAGUCAUUGUGGAGGUAUUCCCGGAGGAUGAGGGCGAAUACACUUGUUCCGCCCGAAAUCGUUACGGCGAGACGAUUACAACCUGUCGCCUCACAGUCGUUGCCCCUGAGGAAGACAUUCCUGAACAUGAAUCCCAUCGCAUGACAAUUGAGGUCCAGCAGGUCCCUAAACCAGAGGAAAUAUCCCGUGAUAUCCACACAACAAAGCUGCACAUACAGCAAGAACCACAAAGAGAAAGUCCUAUUGAUGUAACUGAGGAAACACGAUUCAAAGAGUCUAUUGAACUUGAUCAUCAAGCACCAACACAGCAACAGCCUCAGUCAGUUUCCGUCAUGGCACAACCAAUAGUAACUCAUCCAGUUCCCAUAGUAACUCAGCAAGAUACCAUUGUAACCACAGAACCAACAACUCAGUUUGAAAUUCAGAUUGGAUUUCCACAACAGCAACAGCCAAUGUCGACGUCGUCUGUUACGACGGAGACAACCACAUACACAACAACAAAGACUACUCAAGAAAUUGUUGACGUAGGGAGUUAUCCAAAUAUUGUAGAAGGUGGGGAGUUCCACAAGACCUCAAUGGUGAUGUCAUCGCAAGAGGAACCAAAACCUCUUCACCUUUUGAGGUUCAAACCACGUCCAACUGAAGAUGUUGUAUCAGAAACAACACGUAUUGUCACAAAGGAAAUCCACGACAUCCCUCAAGAACCAGAGGUAUCUGAAUCAGAGGAAAGGCAUUCAGAAACUAUAGAGAUUGUUCAUGAUGUUAAACCACAGGAGGUACAGUUUGAGAUAAAUCUACCAGAACAACAGACAGUUACAAAGACGGAGAAAACGAUCACCACCCAGACUCAACAGGAAAGACGGACAUCCGUGCAGAAGUACGAAGUCAAGAUUCAGGAGAAAUUCAUGGUCCAAAAACCUCAUGAAAUACACAUCCCGUUCAAGGGAAAGAGUGAGGUAGAGUUUGAUGUUGUUGAUGGCGCAGAACCAAAAGACAUGCCUCGCCCUACAGAAGAACAAAUUGAAGAAAUCAGACCAACAUUUGAAAUGGAUAAGAAAGUAGAGCCAGUUGUUGAGGAAGAUAUUCCUAAGGAAGAGAAACCUAAGCAGGAAACUCCCAUUGAAUUUCCCAUGCAAGAGACCCCAGUUGAAGAAGCACCUGUUGAGGAGACUCCUGUCGAGGAAAGUCCAGUUGAAGAAGCACCUGUUGAAGAGACUCCUGUCGAGGAAAGUCCAGUUGUAGAAGCACCUGUUGAAGAGACUCCUGUCGAGGAAAGUCCAGUUGUAGAAGCACCUGUUGAAGAGACUCCUGUCGAGGAAAGUCCAGUUGUAGAAGCACCUCUUGAGGAAACUCCUGUUGAGGAAAGUCCAGUUGUAGAAGCACCUGUUGAAGAGACUCCUGUCGAGGAAAGUCCAGUUGAAGAAGCACAUGUUGAGGAGACUCCUGUCGAGGAAAGUCCAGUACCAGAAGCACAUGUAAAAGAAGAACCUGUCUUAGAAACUCCCAUCAAAGAAGCACCAACUGAUGAAAAACCUGUUGAGGACAAACCUAUUGAGGAUACACAUGUGGAAACCAUAGAGAUAUCAAUCCCUGUUACUGAGGAAACAAAACAUGACAUUGAAACCUUUGUCACAGAAACUGAGGUUCAAAAAACUGAUAUAAUCGAUUCACAGGAAACUCAUUUAGAGGAGUUCACAUUUGACCUCAAAGGACAACCUAAAGAGGAAGUAACAUUUUCCAUUGACAUACAAAAGGAUGAGCCUGUUGAGGAUGUAAAAGAAGUCACACAGGAAACUCACCAAGAAGAAAUAACUUUCCAACUAAGUGACCAACCUGAAGAUGUUGUCACUGAGGAAGUUACCAGGACCGAGGAAACUCAUAUAGAGGAAGUCACCUUUGACCUUAAGGGACAACCUCUAGAGGAAGUCACGUUUUCUCUCAGCUCAACUGAAGAGACAACUCCUAAAGAAGUUGAGGCUCUUGAAGAACAUGUACCAGAAGAACAGGUGUUUGAGGUGGAGAUUGAUGCACCUACCCAGCCUGUUAUAACAACAGAGCGCGAGACAAUUCAGGUCACUCAACUGGAAGCAGAAACACCAGCUCCUCUGCAACCAAUAGAGGUUACAGAACGUGCCAUCAUCGAACACGUGAAGGAACCAGAAUCAGAAACAGAGGCCCCAGAAGAUUUUCUAGAAAUUUCUCAGCGUGAAACUAUUGAGAUCAUCCGUGAACCAGAGGAGCCAGACGAAUUGAUUCAGAUUGAUAUUGAUAUUUCAGAACAACUGCCAGAGGUGACAACUAUUACUGAAACCGAAGAAACGAAAUCGGUCAAAGAAGUUACUUUUGAAAUUCCACAAGUCGAGGAUAGUUACCAAGAGGAGAUGGUCAUUAAUGUGGAAAAUCAACCCAUGGAGGAAGUGCAACUCACCCUACAGAUAGAGCAGACCGAACAGUCUGCUCCUGAAGUAGAGGAAGUCUUACAUGAUGUCGAAGUGGUCAAGGAAGAAAUCAAAGAAGUCAUCCAUCUGCCAGAAGUUAUGGAUACUCAGACAGAGGAGGUUACACUGCAAGUUGAGGAUCAACCAGAUGAGGCUGUUGAACUCACACUUCACAUCUCUGACUCUACAAUUUCUGAAAUCGAAGAGACAAGAUCUACAGAAAAAUCAGAAAAUAUUCAGGAAGAAUUUGUGUUUCAACUUCCAUCAGUCACAGAUUCGUCCACAGAGGAAGUGAUGCUGGAGAUAGAAGAUAAACCAUCCGAAGAAGUCGUUAUGAUGACUGUAAUUGAUCAAGAGAUGGAAGUACCAGAAUCUGACACCACCGUCCCUGUCGAACAAGUUUCUAUGGAAACAACAGAGGUAUUCCAACUCCCUGUUCUGCAACAGGAAGAGGAAAAAGUGGCCGUCAUGGACACCGAAGAGACACCUGGGGAGGAAGUGGAGUUCAGUAUUGACCUGUCAACGGACAAUGUUGUCCUUGAGGAAGUUACACAGAGACGAACUUCUAGAACAGAGGAAAUAUAUACCCAGGAAAUCUCCACUGUUGAUGACACAACCACUGAGGAAGUUACUCUUCAGAUUGAGGGCAUUCCCGAGGAGGAAUAUGAAAUGACGAUCCAACUUGGUGGCGAGACAGAAACAAGUCUCAUUGAAGAAGUUACCACAACUGAGGAGGUAUCGGAGGAACCACAGAGCUUCACUUUCCAAAUCGCAGAAAUAGAGGAAUCUACACCUGAGGAAACAUCAGUCCAGGUAGAGGAAACUCCAGGUGAGGAGGUUGAGCUCACACUCCAGAUAAGUGAUGACCAGGAGACAGCCUUGGUACAGGAAUCCCAGGAGUCGGAAACCAUUACUAACACAACGGAGGAAGUCACCUUCCAAGUAUCCGACCUUGGAGAUACUACCACUGAGGAAGUCACGUUUCAGUUGACGGAACAACCUCAAGAAGAAAUCGAACUUACUCUGCAGAUGCCUGAGCAUGUCAAAGAGGUUACAAAAAUAAUUGUGACUGAAGAACACACAAAAGAGGAAAAAAUCACGGUACCAGAGGCAACCACUACAAGAGAAGUGUUUUCCGAUAUUGAGAUCCCAGACGGUGACCUUGCCCCUGAUUUUACAUGGGGUUUGACCUCUCUCAAGGUCAUGGACGGGGAAGAGGCCAAAUUCCGUUGUGAGGUCGAAGGUCAUCCUAUGCCGGAGAUCUCCUGGUUCCAUGAUGACAAACCGAUUACAGAGAAUCAAGAUUUCAAACUGACAUAUAAUACAGAGAGUGGCGCAUGUACUCUUCUUAUCGUGGAGGUGUUCCCCCAGGAUGCAGGGGAGUACACUUGUAUUGCCCUCAACAAAUAUGGAAAGGCUAUUACACGUGGCUAUCUGGAGGUCGAAUCUUAUGAGUAUGUACCGGACACUGAGGAAGCAUCAGACUCCUUCUUGUCAUCCAUUGAGGCCGCCUCCCCAAAGCCCCACAUUGACUCUGACUCUGAAAUAUCAACUGUUGCUAAAGAGUUUGAGGAGCAGAUUCAGAAAGUCAAAGAGAAGAUGGAAAUUGAGAUUCUGGAAGCAAAGGAAGAACCAGCUCAAACACAGGAAGUUGAAAUUCAGGCUGGCACAGUGGAAACUGCAGAGGUAGAGGAGACCGAGGAAGUUGCACCAAUCACACAGGAGCCACAGCCCGAGGAAGCUAAGCCUCUAGAUGUUACAGCAGAGGCUGUUCAGCCCACAGCUGUAGCACCAGUAGAGAGUGUCAUUGAAAGCACACAAGAAGUGAUUCCUGCAUCCGAAGAAGUGAUUCCAAUCGUACAAGAACUUCAACCUGAGGAAACUACAUCUCUAGAUAUCACGGUAGAAGCUGUUCAGCCAUCAGCUACUUCUCCAGUGGAGAGUAUCACGGAGACAACACAUGAAGAGGUACCUACAUCAGAAGAUGUGGUUCCAAUUUCACAAGAACCACAACCGGAAGAAUCGAAGCCUACAGAGGUCACCAUAGAGGCUGUUCACUGUUUCUCCUGUCGAGAGCGUCACAGAGACCACACUGAGGAUGAGUUACCUACGACAGAGGAUGUGGUUCCAAUUUCACUAGAACCACAACCAGAGGAAUCGAAGCCUACAGAGGUCACCAUAGAGGCUGUUCAGCCUAAAGCUGUUUCUCCAGUAGAGAGCGUCACAGAGACCACACAGGAUGAGUUACCUACGACAGAGGAUGUGAGGCUGUUCAGCCCUAAAGCUGUUUCUCCUGUCGAGAGCGUCACAGAGACCACUGAGGAUGAGUUACCUAGGACAGAGGAUGUGGUUCCAAUUACACAAGAACCACAACCAGAGGAAUCGAAGCCUUCAGAGGUCACCAUAGAGGCUGUUCAGCCUAAAGCUGUUUCUCCUGUCGAGAGCGUCACAGAGACAAAACAGGAUGAGGUACCCGUGACAGAGGAUGUGGUUCCUAUUACACAAGAACCACAACCAGAGGAAUCGAAGCCUUCAGAGGUUACAACAGAGACUUUACAGCCUAAAGCUGUUUCUCCAGUCGAGAGCGUCACAGAGACCACACAGGAUGAGUUACCUACGACAGAGGAUUUGGUUCCAAUUACACAAGAACCACAACCAGAGGAAUCGAAGCCUGCAGAGGUCACAACAGAGGUUUUGCAGCCUAAAGCUGUUUCUCCUGUUGAGAGCGUCACAAAGACCACACAGGAUGAGUUACCUACGACAGAGGAUGUGGUUCCUAUUACACAAGAACCAAAACUGGAGGAGACCAAACCUGUUACUAUUACAACUGAAUCUGUCACAACAACAGAAAUAGAAUCAGUCGAAAGUGUUGCUGAAACUACCGAGGAUGAUGUUGAGGUUUCGGAGGUUUCAGAGGUCGCAGUACCUCAUGAAGAAGUCCCUGUGUUCGUUGUACCUCUCUCAGACAUGCAGGUAGCGGAGGGCACUUCUGUGAGGUUUGAGGUUAGCUUCACCGGUACCCCGACUCCAGAGGUUGUCUGGUUUUUGGAAAACGAACAGCUAUUGCCAUCUCAUGACAUUGAGAUAACAACACAGAAACAUGAAAGCAUCCUUGUACUGCACGAAGUCUUCCCAGAGGACGAGGGUCAAUAUUUUGUGGAGGUCACCAACCCUGUUGGCAAGGCAACAACAUCGGCAUAUCUCCACGUAUCAGACUUAGUCAAACCUGCUGAAAAAGAAGAAGCCCCAAUACAGGAGGCUACUUCACAAGAGAUCACAGAGGUAACCGAGGUCACAGAGGUCAUCACCACGACCAUUGAAGAGGAGGAUAUCCCCACUUUUGUGUCUCAGCUCAAUGAUAUGCACGUAACUGAACACACGACGAUCCGAUUUGACGUGAAGUACACCGGAGAACCUGAAAAGGUUGUCUGGUCCCUGGAUGGCGAGGAAAUUGAGCCGUCUAAAGAGAUGGAAAUCGUCACCAAAGAACACCACAGUGUUCUUCUGUUCCAUGACGUCAUUCCCGAGGAUGAAGGUGAAUACUGUGUGGAGGUUAUCACCGAUAAAGGCUCUAUCAAGUCCACUGCCUACCUCCAUGUUCACGAUGUUACCAAAAAGCCGAUGCAGCCUACCACAGCGCCAACAGCUGAGGAAUCUCUCAAGCCUGAGGAGACUGAAGAUGUUACUAUGGCAACAGAGGAGACAACCACAUCAUCCGAGGUCACAACUGAGGUCGGUACUGCUGUUGUCGAAACAAGACGAGAAAGUCAAGUACCAACUACUGAGGAAACUGUAUCCGAGGAGGAGACUGGAAGUUUGGAUUUCACCCAUAUGGAGGAGCCAACAACUUCAGAAGUUGAGAUCGUUGGUGUAACACCAUCCAAAGACGUCCCUACCGAGACUAAAACAGCUCCUGCUGAAGAAAUUCUAACAGAAGAAGAAACUGGAAUUGUAGAUGCCAUUCAACCGGAAGAACCAAAAACUUUUGAUGUUGAGGAUGUUGGCGCUACUCUAUCGAAAGAAGAACCCAAAGAAACAGAGACGGCACCAGCUGAAGACACCUUGGCACCUGAAGAUGUGUCCAUAGUGACUGAGGUCAAGGAGGAGAAGUCAACUCCACUUGAAGUUGAAGUAAUUGAGGUUACACCCACAAAGACUACAGUUGUGCAGACGAAAGUUUCUGUCCAAGAAGAAACUGUGGAAAAAACUGAGGUUUCUGAAGUCAAAAUUCCAGUUGUUGAGGAAACUUUACCAGUAGAGAUUGAAUUUCAGGUUUCCAAAGCAACCAGCGAGACCAUUGUCACUAAAACAGAAAUUGUCAAAGAGGCCACACAAACAGUGGAAAUCGAAAUGGUUCCAGAAGUGAAACCAGAAACCAAGACCACAGUUCAAGUACAGGAAAUUUCCUUAGAGGUUGCCAAGAAAGUGGAAACUUUGGAGACUGAGGAAGUCCAGAGUCCACGAUUCACAACAUCACUCACCGACAUCACUAUUAUGGAAAACAAUGUUCUUCAUUUGGAAGUCGUCUUUACAGCACGUCCCGCGCCAAAGGUCACAUGGUUCCUUGAUGGCGAGCCAUUGAAAUCGAGCGAAGACAUUGAGAUUAUCGUCACCGAAACCACUAGUGCCUUCAUUAUUAAAGAUGCGUAUCCAGAAGAUGAAGGAGAGUACUGGGUUGAGGUUUCCAAUAAGGCUGGUACAGCGAGGUCCACAGCUUACAUAUGUGUUCUACCUCGUAGUGCUCCUUCCUCUGAAGCACAAGAAACAGAUGAGGAAUCUUUCUUCAAGGAAACUUUAGAAGUUGUUCCAAAAUCUCCAAUCACUAUUCAGGAACUAGAAGAGGAAGAGUCUGUACCAGAAGAACCAGUAACAGAAGUUACAGAGAUGACGGUUCCUGUUGAAGAUGAACUUCCUCAAAUUGUGGAAGAAAAAAUCGUAACAACAGAAAAAGAGGUCGCUCCAAAGCCUAAAACAUCAGAACUGGAAAUUGAGUUUACGCCUGUAGAAACUCCGGUUCAACAGGAAGAAAUCGAGGAAGUGAAAACUGUUAUCAUUAAAAAGAAGACAGAAACAACUGAAAUCUCGGUUCCUGUUGAUGUUGAGGAAAUCAGCGAGGAGACCAUCGUCCGAACUGAAAAAGUCAUUGACAGCAAACCUCAGGUGACAGAAGUUGAAAUUGACAUCGCACCAGAGGAGACCGUAACAACAACUGAGGUGACAGAAAUCACCAAAGUUACAGAGGAAACAUUCACCGAAACGAUUUCUGUUAUUUCGGAGGAAAAACCAGAAACAGAAUUAUCUGAAGUAACUUUGGAAUUGACUGAUGAGCAACCAGAUGUUGAAGAAUCUGAAACCACAGCUCCUGAAUCGGUCACUGAAACAACCUUCAGAGACACCAUUGAAGUUACCCCAACAGCCAAAGAGGUGACUGAAAUCAAAACCGAACCAAUUAUAGAAUUUCCAGAGGAGGAAAUAAUCGUUAAGUCCGAAAAAGAGGUCGCUCCUACACCUGAAACGUCAGAAGUGGAAAUCGAGUUUACGCCUGUAGAAACUCUGGUUCAACAAGAAGAAAUCGAGGAAGUGAAAACUGUUAUCAUUAAAAAGAAGACAGAAACAACUGAAAUCUCGGUUCCUGUUGAUGUUGAGGAAAUCAGCGAGGAGACCAUCGUCCGAACUGAAAAAGUCAUUGACAGCAAACCUCAGGUGACAGAAGUUGAAAUUGACAUCGCACCAGAGGAGACCGUAACAACAACUGAGGUGACAGAAAUCACCAAAGUUACAGAGGAAACAUUCACCGAAACGAUUUCUGUUAUUUCGGAGGAAAAACCAGAAACAGAAUUAUCUGAAGUAACUUUGGAAUUGACUGAUGAGCAACCAGAUGUUGAAGAAUCUGAAACCACAGCUCCUGAAUCGGUCACUGAAACAACCUUCAGAGACACCAUUGAAGUUACCCCAACAGCCAAAGAGGUGACUGAAAUCAAAACCGAACCAAUUAUAGAAUUUCCAGAGGAGGAAAUAAUCGUUAAGUCCGAAAAAGAGGUCGCUCCUACACCUGAAACGUCAGAAGUGGAAAUCGAGUUUACGCCUGUAGAAACUCCGGUUCAACAAGAAGAAAUCGAGGAAGUGAAAACUGUUAUCAUUAAAAAGAAGACAGAAACAACUGAAAUCUCGGUUCCUGUUGAUGUUGAGGAAAUCAGCGAGGAGACCAUCGUCCGAACUGAAAAAGUCAUUGACAGCAAACCUCAGGUGACAGAAGUUGAAAUUGACAUCGCACCAGAGGAGACCGUAACAACUACUGAGGUGACAGAAAUCACCAAAGUUACAGAGGAAACAUUCACCGAAACGAUUUCUGUUAUUUCGGAGGAAAAACCAGAAACAGAAUUAUCUGAAGUAACUUUGGAAUUGACUGAUGAGCAACCAGAUGUUGAAGAAUCUGAAACCACAGCUCCUGAAUCGGUCACUGAAACAACCUUCAGAGACACCAUUGAAGUUACCCCAACAGCCAAAGAGGUGACUGAAAUCAAAACCGAACCAAUUAUAGAAUUUCCAGAGGAGGAAAUAAUCGUUAAGUCCGAAAAAGAGGUCGCUCCUACACCUGAAACGUCAGAAGUGGAAAUCGAGUUUACGCCUGUAGAAACUCCUGUUCAACAAGAAGAAAUCGAGGAAGUGAAAACUGUUAUCAUUAAAAAGAAGACAGAAACAACUGAAAUCUCGUUUCCUGUUGAUGUUGAGGAAAUCAGCGAGGAGACCAUCGUCCGAACUGAUAAAGUCAUUGACAGCAAACCUCAGAUGACAGAAGUUGAAAUUGACAUCGCACCAGAAGAGACAACUACUGAGAUCACAAAAACUACUACUGAAGCAACAGUGGAAUCUUUCACAGAAACUGUUUCUAUCAUUCCGGAGGAGAAACCUGACAUUCCUUCAGAAGUAGCAGAAAUUACUUUGGAUGUUGAGAAGCAACCAGCUAUUGUUGAGGUUGAGAUCGCUGCACCUGAAUCAAUUACAGAAACUACAUUCAGAGAAACACUCCAAAUUGUUCAGCAAGGGGAGGAUACUCCCAUUGAAAUAUCCCCUGAGGAAAAGUUUAAGGAAUCGCUGGAACUGGCUUCUAAACCUCAGACCACAGAGGCCGAAGUGGAAAUUACACCAGUACUAAAGGGAGAAACACAAGUGACAGAUAUCUCGGUAGAAACUGUUACAGACACAAAGCAGUUCACUGAAACUGUAGAUAUUGUUCCAACAACACAACAUCAGGAGGUACAGAUUGAAAUUAAGCCACAACAACCAGAAACCAUGGUAACCUUCAAAGAAACUACAGAAGUAUCUGAGGUUACUGAAGACACUGAAGUUGAGGCUCCAGCAGAAGACGUGAUCAUGACUGAAAGAGAAGUCAUUGUUGUCACUGAACUUCCUGUUGAAUCUGAAGAAAUAACUGAGUCAUCCCCUCCUGAGAUUGAGACUAUUGAGACAGAAAGAGAGGUUAUAGAAGCCAAACCAGAAGUCAAAACUACCCAGGUUGAAACAGAGGUCAAAGAGGUCGCUGAUGAGCCUAUAACUGAAGAGGUAACUGAUGUGAAAACAGACACUAAAGAAUUAGUGUUGGAUAUCACCGAAUCUCCUCUAGAAUCUGUUGACGUAGAAGGGGAGAAACCGACCAAGGUUUCUGAAGAAACUGAAGAAACUCUCACUGUGGAAAUCACAGAAUCUGAGGAAGUUGAAGUCACUCAGGUGGUGUCCGAAAUAAUUAUUGAGACAGACGAAAUUGCUGAUGUUGGGGAAGAGAAAAUAACAGAUGUUACGGAAAUGUUCGAAGAAACCCUAUCUACUGAAGUAUCCGAUGUUGUUCCUAUCGAAACGGAACAACCAAAGAUAGAGCUGUUAGAGGAAACACGCGAGACGAUCAAGCUUGAUGACACCAAGGCCACAGACGUAGAUGAACAAGUUGAAGAUAAAAUAUUAGAACAACCUGAAGAAAUUCCCGAGGACGAAGCUGAUAUUUCUACUGAAGAAAAGACAGAAACAACGACCGAAUCUGUCACAAUCAUGGUGGGCAAACCUACAGAGGUGACUGAGGUUAACCUUCAUGUACAGGAAUUGCAAACAGAAGCGAUUCAACCAGAAACGGAGGCUAAGAAACCAUCUGAGGAAACAGUAGAGGAAACCAGAGAAACCCUUGUCCUUGAUGAUAAGGUACCUACAGCGGUUAUUGAAACUCAGGCUGUGGUUUCUGAGGAAAUACCCUCUGAGAUUAACAUAGAAAUGCAAGUCCAGAAACCAGUAGAGGAAGUGACAGAGGUCUCGAGAGAAACCAUUGAAAUUCUGGAGGAAAAACCAUCAGAAGUUGAUCAACUUCAACAAGAUCAAGAAAUACCAACUGUUCAGGAAAUAUCUGAAUUUCAAUUUGACACAACUGAUUCAAAAUCUACCGAAGCUACCGAGGAAACUAUUGUUAUUGAUAUCAAAACACCCAGCAGAGCUGUUGUUACGGAAGUUUCCUUCCAGCCAGAGGAGCCACUGGAUGAAACUCCAGAGGUCGAAGCAGAGAGACCUGAGGAGGUAUCGACAACAGAGGAAAGACAAAUCAUCACUGUCGAGGAAAGUCGGGAAUCUGAGGUAUCAAAACUGGACAUUGAUGUGGACAAAUCACCAACUGAAGAUAUUAACGAAAUUGAGGCUGUUAAGCCUGUUAUAGAUACAUUGGAGGAAAUAGCUGAAACAAUAAAUGUCCAAGAAUCUAAACCUGCAGAAACUCCAGUUGUUACAUCAGAAGAACAGACUGAUGAAGUUGAAGAAGUUCUUGAAGAAAUGACAGAGAAACCAAAGGAAGAAACCAUUGAGGAAAUCAAAGAGACUUUGGUUAUACAAGAGGCACCAGAGACUAAAACUGUUGAGGAAGUGAACGUUGUAGAACAAGAGAAAGUACAAAAACAGGUCAGCUUCGAUCUGGAAAAAUCUGAAGAGUAUAUAACAGAAACCUAUGAGGAACUAGUUAUCAGAGAGGAUGAGGAUGUCUCGAUGGUUGAGGAAGGUGAAGAAAAGAAAGAUGUGGAAUCCUCAGAGACUAUUGUCGAAACCAUUGAAAAUAUGCCAGCGAAUUUACCAAAGAACUUCUCGAAACAGUUAGUAGAUGAAGCUGUUUCAACUCAAAUCAGUGAUGUGGACAUCCCAGAAACAACUGAGGAUAAGACAAUAGAAACUGUAGACUUAUCUGAAGUUACCGAGGAGGAACUACAACAGCCAGAGAAAGAGGUAGCUCAGAUAUCCAUGGAUAUCGAUGUAACUCAACCUUCUGAAGAUGUUGUCGCACAGGUAACACAUACUUUAGUAAUUGAGGACACCAAAGCAUCAGAAACGAAAACUGAAACAGAUGUUACUGUCCCAGAGGAAAUUUCUGAACUUGAUGUCGAAAUGACUGAAGAAAUUCUAGAAAUGGUAGAGGAGGAUGUUUCUGAAACUGUUAAAGUUGAUGUUACCUCAACUACAGACACUGAUAUUUCAGAAGAGUAUACACCCGAGGAGGAAGUUCCUGAAAUGAAACCCUCACCAAAGGUGGAAAAAACUACAGAAUCUGAUGUUCCAUUGGAAGUGACUGAAGUCACUGUGGAUGAAACAAUACCAUCAGAAGCCAAGCCAGAAACAGAUGAAAUUACACAGGAAACUAUCACAGAACUUAAUGUCGAAAUGAAGACAGAAAAACCUAGCGAGGAAACUGUCACUGAGGUGGUAGAAUCUUUUACAAUGCAAGACAAAAUACCAGCUGAUGUCACUGCUCAGGAAACUGUUGUUCCAGCUGAAGAGGCUAUGGAAACAACGCAUGACGUCGAGGAGGAGAAACCCUCUGAAAGUGUCACACCAGCUGCAUCUGAGGUUUCUACUGUCACAGAUGAACUGAUUUCUGAAACUGUAGUUGCUAAAUCUGACAUUCAAGAGGAAGAACUCACAGAAACAAAACCAGAAUUUGAGAGGGAGGAAACAUCAGGACAAGAGGUUCCUGACAUGACUGAGGUUGUUGUCGAAAUGGAAUCUAAGCCAUCUGAGAUAGCUCCGAAGGAGGAAGUUGUACUUGCAGAGGAGGCUCCUGAAUCAACCACUGACAUUGUCACAGACAGUUCUACUGAGGAGACGGUAACGUUGGUUACGGAACAGGUCUCUGUGGAAGACACUACUGUAUCAAAGGUAGAGACAGCAGAUGAUCUUCUUGUCGAUGAGCAGGUUAAAGAAUUAAUUGAGGAAAAAGAGAUCGAAAAACCAAAAGAGGAUAUUGUUACAGAAGUAAAAGAAUCUGUAACAGUUGACGAAGAGAAAACAUCUGUUGUGAAAACUGAGAUAGACUUAGUUACAGAAGAACAAACCGAGCAACAACCGGUAUUGGUUACUGAAGUGUCACCUGAGGAAAUCAUAAGGGAUGUUACUGUUAUCCCAGCUGUCAAAGAAACGAAACCUUCUGAGAUCAGUGAGGAAAAUGCUGUUGUCGCUCAGGAAUCUGUUGAGGACCAACCAGAUGUCACAGAAGAGACCACUGUAGAAGUAGCAGUUUCCAAGGUUACCAAAGUUGCAUUUGCAGAGGAAACUAUCCCAACGGAAGUUUCUGAAACUGAGGCCAUACUUGAUGAGGAUAUCGCUGAAGAACAACCGGAAACUAAGACAGAGCAACCAACAGAGAUAGAAGAAACUGAAGUAUCUUUGGUUACCUCUGCUGCAGACGUUAUUCCAACAGAGGUUUCUGAAAUUGAACAUAUCAUUACUGAAGAAAUUUCUGAAGACAAACCGGAAGUUGAGACUGAAAAACCAACCGAGGAAACAGUAUCAGAGGUCACUGAACAAAUUGUUGUUGAGGACACAGAGGUGACUUCAACAAAAGAACUGGAGGAAAUCUCUCUUGAAACUGAGACCCAACUGGAAGAUGUUGCGCAGAAAUUCGCUAAUGAAAUUAUCACAGAGGCAUCUAAGGUGGUUGCCACUCAGGAGGCUAAGCUGACUGAAGUUGAGGUCACUGAAGAUCUGCAGCCAGAAGAAGUUACUGAGGGCGACAUUAUAACAGAACUAGAAAAACCUAUUGAGGUGGAAGAGAGUGAUGUGACAGUUGAUGUCAAUGUUGAGGACCAAAUACCCACUGAAGUAACAAUGGAUCUUGCAAUUACUGAGGAUAUACCUUUAGAAGAUGUAAUUGCUGAUGUCCCAAUCUCGGCCACAGAGAAACCCACAGAGGAAAUCACACAAACAGUCACCAUGGAGAUAGUCUCAUCCAAGGAAACUCCAGAGGAAGUUCCAUCCAUGGAAACUCUUGAGGAAAUUCCAGAGGAUAUCCAGGAAUCUUUGAAAGAACCAGCAAAACCUGAGGUCAGCGAAAAGGUCAUUGAAACCCAAACUGUAGAAGAGGUAUCUACUGUUGAAAUUGAGGUCAAGUCUGAAACACAAGAAACUGUUGCACAAGCUGUGAUUACAGAGGAAAGCAAGGCCCCUAAAGUUGAAGAGGGGGUUACGGAAGCUCCCCGUUUCAUACAGACCCUCCAACGACAAGUCAAUGUUCUCGAAGGCUCCACGGUUACGGUUGAGUGCAUAGUGACUGGCACGCCCACUCCUGAGGUCAAAUGGUUCCAGGAUGAUGAAGAGCUGCGUCCUGAUGCCCACUAUAAGACAGAGUACCACACAGGAGUGUGUCGUCUUACCAUACUAGACAUUUACCUGGACGACCAAGCCAUAUACAAGUGUGAGGCGACCAAUCAGCACGGCGUUGCCACCACAACUAUUGAGAUUUUCGUGGAAAAAAUGACCCCUCAUGUUGACGAGGAAGAGAAGGUCAUUCCCGUUACCGAGGAGACCACUGAGACAGUGGAGGGUCUACUUACUGUCCAGGAGAAAAUGGCUCCGGAAACCACGGAGACCACCUCGCUGGAAAUUGCCGUGGGUAGCACAAGUCCCACGGAGACGGAGGAAGUUUCUUUCGAGUUUGUGACACGGGAGAAGGCAGAGACCACUCCCGAGGAGGUCACAACAGAGUCUUUAGUAGCCCUUCCUGAACAGCAGGAAGUUCCUCCGACGGCGGCAGUUCAGGAAGUCUCUGAGGUUGUCGCCACAGAGGCAAAGAUAGAGAUCGGAGUGGAGACACAGCCGGAAGAGGCCACGCCUGAGGAGGUUACCGUCAAGGAACUGCCACUGCCCAAGGAGGAAGUUCCUGUCAUGGAGACAGCACCAGAUGUGGUGGAGGAAGUUACCGAGGAAGAGGCUGCACCUACGAAACCCACAGGGGAAGCACCGCGAUUCACGACCGAGUUGAGUAACAUAACCGUUACAGAGAGUACCCCGGUCAAAUUUAUCUGCGUCGUUAUCGGCAUUCCAAGGCCUAAGGUCACAUGGCUUUUGGAUGGUGAGGUAAUUGAGGAUUCUGACACCUAUGUUACUGAUUACCAAGAGGAUGGUACUUGUACACUCACAAUUGAGGAAUCAUUCAAAGAGGAUGAGGGUGAAUACAGUUGCAAGGCAGUGAAUGAUUUUGGCACUGCAUUGACUACCGCAGAACUGAAGCUUACAGUCCACGAUGACGACCAACCAGAGAGCGAGGAUUUGUCCGAGGACGAAACACGUCCUGUGGCCCAAUUAGAAAUUAAUAUCCCUGAACAGGUGACUGAAGAAGUGCAACCUUCAGUCCCUGAAGAGAUUUCGGAAACACUAGAUUCAGAAAAACCUCACAAAAAAGCAGAGCUACAGAAAGACAUUGGUCCUGACCUUGAAGACUUCGUGGCUGGAGUUGUGCACGAUAUUCUUGAGUCUGUAAAAUCUUUGGACAGAAAAACUACUGAAGAAAAAACUACAGAUGAAGAAAUGUAUGAAGAAACAGUUACCAUUGAAAAAGAACCGGAAGAUGAUGAGGAUGUACCAGAUCGUGCCGAAUUCAAAGAGGUUCUCGAAAUUGAUAGGAAACCAGAACAUGUUAUUCGAAGUUUCAAAGAAACUAUCGAACAAAUUCCUGAUACUGAAGAAGUUGCUGAUAUUGAUAUCAAGCCUCAAACCAAAACUCAGUUUUCGAAAAUGGUUACCGAGACAACAGAGGUAAUGGAUACUGAGAUGAUGGAAGUUGAAACAUUAGCCCCGGAGGAGGAGGUAAUUGUUACUGAGCGUAAUGCGCUGUCAGUAAUGGAAUCAGGAGAUGACAAACCUAGAUUCAUUCAGGAAUUAGAAAAAGAGCCGAAGCCAGAAGAACGUAUAGUUGAUAUUGACAUCUCACAACCAAAAUCCAGGACAGAAAUUACAAAAACUGUUAGUGAAACUGAUGAAGUAACGGACUCCCAGAUAGUCGAGGUAGAAACAAUCGCACCCAGUGAAGAUAUUAUCGUUACUGAGCGGGAAACUUUGAAAAUAUCUGAAACCGCUGAUGAACAACCAAAGUACGUUGAGAAAAUCGAGAAAAAACCUACGCCAGAGGAAGUUGUUGUUGAUAUUGAUUUCACGCCUCAAAAAACCACAACUGAAGUCACAAAAACAGUUUCAGAGAUCGAGGAAACAACUGACACAGUGACAGUCAUGGAAGAAAGAAUGACACCCGAAGAAGAUGUCAUAGUUACUGAGCGGGAAACUGUAUCCCUCUCCGAGACACCCGAAGAACCGCUGUUCAUUGAGGAAAUCGAAAAAAGGCCAAAACCAGACGAAAUUGUAGUUGAUAUCGACAUCACCCAACCCAAAUCCAAAACAGAAAUCACAAACACUGUUACAGAAAUUGAGGAAAUAACUGACACUGAGACAGUGGAAGUUGAAACAUUGGAACCUGAGGAUGUCAUUGUCACAGAAAAAGAAACUGUAUCUGUGUCAGAGAUGGCUGAUGAACAACCACAAUUCAUUGAUGAAAUUGAAAAACAGCCAAAACCCGAGGAACUCGUGGUUGAUAUUGACAUCACCCAACCCAAAUCCAAAACAGAAAUCACAAAAACUGUUACCGAGAUUGAGGAAAUAACUGACACUGAAACAGUGGAAGUUGAAACAUUGGAACCUGAGGAUGUCAUUGUCACAGAAAAAGAAACUGUAUCUGUGUCAGAGAUGGCUGAUGAACAACCACAAUUCAUUGAUGAAAUUGAGAAACAGCCAAAACCUGAGGAACUCGUGGUUGAUAUUGACAUAACCCAACCUAAAUCCAAAACAGAAAUCACAAAAACUGUUACCGAGAUUGAGGAAGCAACUGACACAACGACAGUCAUUGAGGAAACCUUGGCCCCUGAAGAAGAUAUCAUAGUGACAGAGACGGAAACUGUGUCCGUCUCCGAGACAGCUGAAGAACAACCACAAUUCAUUGAAGAAAUCGAGAAACAGCCCAAACCGGACGAACUUGUGGUUGAUAUUGAUAUAACGCAGCCCAAAUCCAAAACAGAAAUCACAAAAACUGUUACAGAAAUUGAGGAAAUAACUGACACUGAGACAGUGGAAGUUGAAACAUUGGAACCUGAGGAUAUUAUUGUUACAGAAAAAGAAACCGUAUCUGUGUCAGAGACAGCUGAUGAACAACCACAAUUCAUUGAGGAAAUUGAGAAACAGCCAAAACCAGAGGAACUCGUGGUUGAUAUUGACAUAACCCAACCUAAAUCCAAAACAGAAAUCACAAAAACUGUUACCGAGAUUGAGGAAGCAACUGACACAACGACAGUCAUUGAGGAAACCUUGGCCCCUGAAGAAGAUAUCAUAGUGACAGAGACGGAAACUGUGUCCGUCUCUGAGACAGCUGAAGAACAACCACAAUUCAUUGAGGAAAUCGAGAAACAGCCCAAACCGGACGAACUUGUGGUUGAUAUUGAUAUAACGCAACCCAAAUCCAAAACAGAAAUCACAAAAACUGUUACAGAAAUUGAGGAAAUAACUGACACUGAGACAGUGGAAGUUGAAACAUUGGAACCUGAGGAUAUUAUCGUUACAGAAAAAGAAACCGUAUCUGUGUCAGAGACAGCUGAUGAACAACCACAAUUCAUUGAGGAAAUUGAGAAACAGCCAAAACCCGAGGAACUCGUGGUUGACAUCGAGAUUACACCUCAGCAGACAAGAACAGAAAUCACAAAUACAGUAACAGAGACCAAGGAAAUCACUGAUACAGUAACAGAGGAGGUGGAAACGAUUGCCCCCGAGGCAGAGAUUAUCGUCACAGAGCGAGAAACUCUAUCAAUAUCUGAAACUGCAGAAGAGCAGCCAAAGUUUGUCGAAGAAUUAGAAAAGAAGCUAAAACCAGAAGAAUUGGUUGAUAUCGAUAUCAUCCAGCCUGAUGUCACAAAAACUGUCACAGAAUUAAAGGAAGACGUUGAUAUCAUUACAGAAGAGGUUGAAACUUUAGCUCCUCAUCCUGAAAUUAUAGAGACCGAACGAGAGACUAUCACUGUUGAAGAGGAGAAAACUCCACUUUCUGGAGAUGUCACUGAAAUUUUUGAGAAGAAACCUGAAGAGGAUACACUUGAUAUCACUCUCAAACCAGAAACGUCAGAGGAAACCACUGAUAAGAUAUUCAAAGAAAUUUUGGAAACCAAAACAAAACCAAAAGGGGUGUCUCAGGUUGAAAUAUCUGUUGAGGAGAAACAAGAUGAAACCUUCACAGAAACUGUUGAAAUUGAAAAGAAACCAGCUUCUGAGGAAAUCACUUUCGACAUCAGCUUGAAACCCGACACUUCUGAAAUCACCGAAACAACUGUUGAGGUAACGACUGUUACUGAGGAUACGGAGGAAGUUGAAACUAUCGCUCCCGAGGAGGAAACAAUUGUCACUGAAAGAGAAACUGUCACUGUUACUGAGAAACCAGAAGUAACUGAAGAAGUAAUUGAGGAAAUUCCAGAAGAGACAUUUGAAGAAUCAGUUGAAAUUGAGAGGAAACCAGAAUCAACACAGAAAGUGACUGAAGAAAUUCCAGAGAAAUCCUUCAGUGAAUCCAUUGAAAUUGAUAAAGAACCUGAUGAAAUCACUGAAAUUAACAUUUCUGUUACAGACGAUUUAGAAUCCUCUGAAGAGGAAACUGAACUGAUAUCUGAAUUGGCUGAAAAAAUGCUUACGAAAGAUGUAAAAGUUGAAAAAAGACCAUCAAUUGUAACUGAUGAUUACAUGGUUCAAUUUCCAGAAUCCGAAUCGGCUUCUUCAGAUGAACGAGAGUCCAGUGUGGAGGAACAAGACAUUGAAGAAAAGACCGUCACUCUGGACGAAAAAAAGGAAACUUUCAAACAAUUUAUCGAAAUAGAAAAGCAAACGGAAGAAAAAGAAGUUUUUAUUGACAUCGGUUUCUCAGGAACAGCAUCUCAAGUCAGAACUGAAACAAUUGAAAUAACACAAAAGAUCGAUGGUGACACAAUAACCACAACAAAGGAAACUAUGCUAGAGGAAGUUGACUUAUUGGGUGCAAGAAAAGUGACCAAACAGGAAUAUGUCAGUGUAGAAAAACGUCCAUCAAUUGUUACUGAAGACUAUGUGGUUCAAUUCCCUGUAGAAGAGGAAAACAAAUCUCAAUUUGAGGAAAUUGAUGAAGUUAUUAUUGAAACACCAACAGAAAUCAUUGAUGAACAGGAUGAUCAUCUUGAAACUAUUUCAGUAGAGAAAAAACCACAGGAGAUGUCCGAAAUAGAUAUCUCUAUUACCAAAGAAUCUGAUGAAACCUUUACGGAAACUGGUGAGGUUGAAAAGAAACCAGUUUCUGAGGAAAUCACCUUUGACAUCAGUUUGAAACCUGACACUUCUGAAAUCACCGAAACAACUGUGGAGGUAACGACUGUUACUGAGGAUACGGAGGAAGUUGAAACUAUCGCACCUGAGGAGGAAACUGUUGUCACUGAAAGAGAAACUGUCACUGUUACUGAAAAACCAGAAGUAACUGAAGAAAUAAUUGAGGAAAUUCCAGAAGAGACAUUCAAAGAAUCAGUUGAAAUUGAGAGGAAACCAGAGGAGGUUUCUGAGGUAGAGAUAUCUGUUGAGGAAAAACCAGAUGAAACCUUCACAGAAACUGUUGAAGUUGAAAAGAAACCAGUUUCUGAGGAAAUCACCUUUGACAUCAGCUUGAAACCUGACACUUCUGAAAUCACCGAAACAACUGUGGAGGUAACGACUGUUACUGAGGAUACGGAGGAAGUUGAAACUAUCGCACCUGAGGAGGAAACAAUUGUCACUGAAAGAGAAACUGUCACUGUUACUGAGAAACCAGAAGUAACAGAAAAAGUAAUUGAGGAAAUUCCAGAAGAGACAUUUGAAGAAUCAGUUGAAAUUGAGAAGAAACCAGAGGAGGUUUCUGAGGUAGAAAUACCUGUUGAGGAAAAACCAGAUGAAACCUUCACAGAAACUGUUGAAGUUGAAAAGAAACCAGUUUCGGAAGAAAUCACCCUUGACAUCAGCUUGAAACCUGACACUUCUGAAAUCACCGAAACAACUGUUGAGGUAACAACUGUUACUGAGGAUACAGAGGAAGUUGAAACUAUCGCUCCUGAGGAGGAAACAAUUGUCACUGAAAGAGAAACGGUCACCGUUACUGAGAAACCAGAAGUAACAGAAAAAGUAAUUGAGGAAAUUCCAGAAGAGACAUUCAAAGAAUCAGUUGAAAUUGAGAGGAAACCAGAGGAGGUUUCUGAGGUAGAGAUAUCUGUUGAGGAAAAACCAAAUGAAACCUUCACAGAAACUGUUGAAGUUGAAAAGAAACCAGUUUCUGAGGAAAUCACCUUUGACAUCAGCUUGAAACCUGACACUUCUGAAAUCACCGAAACAACUGUGGAGGUAACGACUGUUACUGAGGAUACGGAGGAAGUUGAAACUAUCGCACCUGAGGAGGAAACUGUUGUCACUGAAAGAGAAACUGUUCCUGUUACUGAGAAACCAGAAGUAACAGAAAAAGUAAUUGAGGAAAUUCCAGAAGAGACAUUUGAAGAAUCUGUUGAAAUUGAGAAGAAACCAGAGGAGGUUUCUGAGGUAGAAAUAUCUGUGGAGGAAACACCAGAUGAAACCUUCACAGAAACUGUUGAAGUUGAAAAGGAACCAGUUUCUGAGGAAAUCACCUUUGACAUCAGCUUGAAACCCGACACUUCUGAAAUCACCGAAACAAUUGUGGAGGUAACGACUCUUACUGAGGAUACGGAGGAAGUUGAAACUAUCGCACCUGAGGAGGAAACUGUUGUCACUGAAAGAGAAACUGUUCCUGUUACUGAGAAACCAGAAGUAACAGAAAAAGUAAUUGAGGAAAUUCCAGAAGAGACAUUCAAAGAAUCAGUUGAAAUUGAGAGGAAACCAGAGGAGGUUUCUGAGGUAGAAAUAUCUGUUGAGGAAAAACCAGAUGAAACCUUCACAGAAACUGUUGAAGUUGAAAAGAAACCAGUUUAUGAGGAAAUCACCUUUGACAUCAGCUUGAAACCCGACACUUCUGAAAUCACCGAAACAAUUGUGGAGGUAACGACUGUUACUGAGGAUACGGAGGAAGUUGAAACUAUCGCACCUGAGGAGGAAACAAUUGUCACUGAAAGAGAAACUGUCACUGUUACUGAGAAACCAGAAGUAACAGAAAAAGUAAUUGAGGAAAUUCCAGAAGAGACAUUCAAAGAAUCAGUUGAAAUUGAGAGGAAACCAGAGGAGGUUUCUGAGGUAGAGAUAUCUGUUGAGGAAAAACCAGAUGAAACCUUCACAGAAACUGGCGAGGUUGAAAAGAAACCAGUUUCGGAGGAAAUCACCUUUGACAUCAGCUUGAAACCCGACACUUCUGAAAUCACCGAAACAACUGUGGAGGUAACGACUGUUACUGAGGAUACGGAGGAAGUUGAAACUAUCGCACCUGAGGAGGAAACUGUUGUCACUGAAAGAGAAACUGUUCCUGUUACUGAGAAACCAGAAGUAACAGAAAAAGUAAUUGAGGAAAUUCCAGAGGAGACAUUUGAAGAAUCUGUUGAAAUUGAGAAGAAACCAGAGGAGGUUUCUGAGGUAGAAAUAUCUGUUGAGGAAACACCAGAUGAAACCUUCACAGAAACUGUUGAAGUUGAAAAGAAACCAGUUUCUGAGGAAAUCACCUUUGACAUCAGCUUGAAACCGGACACUUCUGAAAUCACCGAAACAACUGUGGAGGUAACGACUGUUACUGAGGAUACGGAGGAAGUUGAAACUAUCGUACCUGAGGAGGAAACUGUUGUCACUGAAAGAGAAACUGUCACUGUUACUGAGAAACCAGAAGUAACAGAAAAAGUAAUUGAGGAAAUUCCAGAAGAGACAUUCAAAGAAUCAGUUGAAAUUGAGAGGAAACCAGAGGAGGUUCCUGAGGUGGAAAUAUCUGUUGAGGAAAAACCAGAUGAAACCUUCUCAGAAACUGUUGAAGUUGAAAAGAAACCAGUUUCUGAGGAAAUCACCCUUGACAUCAGCUUGAAACCUGACACUUCUGAAAUUACUGAAACAAUUGUGGAGGUAACGACUGUUACUGAGGAUACGGAGGAAGUUGAAACUAUCGCACCUGAGGAGGAAACAAUUGUCACUGAAAGAGAAACUGUCACUGUUACUGAGAAACCAGAAGUAACAGAAAAAGUAAUUGAGGAAAUUCCAGAAGAGACAUUUGAAGAAUCAGUUGAAAUUGAGAAGAAACCAGAGGAGGUUUCUGAGGUAGAAAUACCUGUUGAGGAAAAACCAGAUGAAACCUUCACAGAAACUGUUGAAGUUGAAAAGAAACCAGUUUCGGAAGAAAUCACCCUUGACAUCAGCUUGAAACCUGACACUUCUGAAAUCACCGAAACAACUGUUGAGGUAACAACUGUUACUGAGGAUACGGAGGAAGUUGAAACUAUCGCACCUGAGGAGGAAACAAUUGUCACUGAAAGAGAAACUGUCCCUGUUACUGAGAAACCAGAAGUAACAGAAAAAGUAAUUGAGGAAAUUCCAGAAGAGACAUUCAAAGAAUCAGUUGAAAUUGAGAGGAAACCAGAGGAGGUUUCUGAGGUAGAAAUAUCUGUUGAGGAAAAACCAGAUGAAACCUUCACAGAAACUGUUGAAGUUGAAAAGAAACCAGUUUCUGAGGAAGUCACCUUUGACAUCAGCUUGAAACCUGACACUUCUGAAAUCACCGAAACAACUGUGGAGGUAAUGACUGUUACUGAGGAUACGGAGGAAGUUGAAACUAUCGCACCUGAGGAGGAAACAAUUGUCACUGAAAGAGAAACUGUCACUGUUACUGAGAAACCAGAAGUAACAGAAAAAGUAAUUGAGGAAAUUCCAGAAGAAACAUUCAAAGAAUCAGUUGAAAUUGAGAGGAAACCAGAGGAGGUUUCUGAGGUAGAAAUAUCUGUUGAGGAAAAACCAGAUGAAACCUUCACAGAAACUGUUGAAGUUGAAAAGAAACCAGUUUCGGAGGAAAUCACCUUUGACAUCAGCUUGAAACCUGACACUUCUGAAAUCACCGAAACAACUGUGGAGGUAACGACUGUUACUGAGGAUACGGAGGAAGUUGAAACUAUCGCACCUGAGGAGGAAACUGUCACUGUUACUGAGAAACCAGAAGUAACAGAAAAAGUAAUUGAGGAAAUUCCAGAGGAGACAUUUGAAGAAUCUGUUGAAAUUGAGAAGAAACCAGAGGAGGUUUCUGAGGUAGAAAUAUCUGUUGAGGAAACACCAGAUGAAACCUUCACAGAAACUGUUGAAGUUGAAAAGAAACCAGUUUCUGAGGAAAUCACGUUUGACAUCAGCUUGAAACCGGACACUUCUGAAAUCACCGAAACAACUGUGGAGGUAACGACUGUUACUGAGGAUACGGAGGAAGUUGAAACUAUCGCACCUGAGGAGGAAACAAUUGUCACUGAAAGAGAAACUGUCACUGUUACUGAGAAACCAGAAGUAACAGAAAAAGUAAUUGAGGAAAUUCCAAAAGAGACAUUCAAAGAAUCGGUUGAAAUUGAGAGGAAACCUGAGGAGGUUUCUGAGGUAGAAAUAUCUGUUGAGGAAAAACCAGAUGAAACCUUCACAGAAACUGUUGAAGUUGAAAAGAAACCAGUUUCGGAGGAAAUCACCUUUGACAUCAGCUUGAAACCCGACACUUCUGAAAUUACCAAAACAACUGUGGAGGUAACGACUGUUACUGAGGAUACGGAGGAAGUUGAAACUAUCGCACCUGAGGAGGAAACAAUUGUCACUGAAAGAGAAACUGUCACUGUUACUGAGAAACCGGAAGUAACAGAAAAAGUAAUUGAGGAAAUUCCAGAAGAGACAUUCAAAGAAUCGGUUGAAAUUGAGAGGAAACCAGAGGAGGUUUCUGAGGUAGAGAUAUCUGUUGAGGAAAAACCAGAUGAAACCUUCACAGAAACUGUUGAAGUUGAAAAGAAACCAGUUUCUGAGGAAAUUACCUUUGACAUCAGCUUGAAACCUGACACUUCUGAAAUCACCGAAACAACUGUGGAGGUAACGACUGUUACUGAGGAUACGGAGGAAGUUGAAACUAUCGCACCUGAGGAGGAAACAAUUGUCACUGAAAGAGAAACUGUCCCUGUUACUGAGAAACCAGAAGUAACAGAAAAAGUAAUUGAGGAAAUUCCAGAAGAGACAUUCAAAGAAUCAGUUGAAAUUGAGAGGAAACCAGAGGUUUCUGAGGUAGAAAUAUCUGUUGAGGAAAAACCAGAUGAAACCUUCACAGAAACUGUUGAAGUUGAAAAGAAACCUGUUUCUGAGGAGAUCACCUUUGACAUCAGCUUGAAACCUGACACUUCUGAAAUCACCGAAACAACUGUGGAGGUAACGACUGUUACUGAGGAUACGGAGGAAGUUGAAACUAUCGCACCUGAGGAGGAAACAAUUGUCACUGAAAGAGAAACUGUCACUGUUACUGAGAAACCAGAAGUAACAGAAAAAGUAAUUGAGGAAAUUCCAGAAGAGACAUUUGAAGAAUCAGUUGAAAUUGAGAGGAAACCAGAGGAGGUUUCUGAGGUAGAAAUAUCUGUUGAGGAAACACCAGAUGAAACCUUCACAGAAACUGUUGAAGUUGAAAAGAAACCAGUUUCGGAAGAAAUCACCCUUGACAUCAGCUUGAAACCUGACACUUCUGAAAUCACCGAAACAACUGUGGAGGUAACGACUGUUACUGAGGAUACGGAGGAAGUUGAAACUAUCGCACCUGAGGAGGAAACAAUUGUCACUGAAAGAGAAACUGUCACUGUUACUGAGAAACCGGAAGUAACAGAAAAAGUAAUUGAGGAAAUUCCAGAAGAGACAUUCAAAGAAUCGGUUGAAAUUGAGAGGAAACCAGAGGAGGUUUCUGAGGUAGAGAUAUCUGUUGAGGAAAAACCAGAUGAAAACUUCACAGAAACUGUUGAAGUUGAAAAGAAACCAGUUUCUGAGGAAAUCACCUUUGACAUCAGCUUGAAACCUGACACUUCUGAAAUCACCGAAACAACUGUGGAGGUAACGACUGUUACUGAGGAUACGGAGGAAGUUGAAACUAUCGCACCUGAGGAGGAAACAAUUGUCACUGAAAGAGAAACUGUUCCUGUUACUGAGAAACCAGAAGUAACAGAAAAAGUAAUUGAGGAAAUUCCAGAAGAGACAUUCAAAGAAUCAGUUGAAAUUGAGAGGAAACCAGAGGUUUCUGAGGUAGAAAUAUCUGUUGAGGAAAAACCAGAUGAAACCUUCACAGAAACUGUUGAAGUUGAAAAGAAACCUGUUUCUGAGGAGAUCACCUUUGACAUCAGCUUGAAACCUGACACUUCUGAAAUCACCGAAACAACUGUGGAGUUAACGACUGUUACUGAGGAUACGGAGGAAGUUGAAACUAUCGCACCUGAGGAGGAAACAAUUGUCACUGAAAGAGAAACUGUCACUGUUACUGAGAAACCAGAAGUAACAGAAAAAGUAAUUGAGGAAAUUCCAGAAGAGACAUUCAAAGAAUCAGUUGAAAUUGAGAGGAAACCAGAGGAGGUUUCUGAGGUAGAAAUAUCUGUGGAGGAAAAACCAGAUGAAACCUUCACAGAAACUGUUGAAGUUGAAAAGAAACCAGUUUCUGAGGAAAUCACCUUUGACAUCAGCUUGAAACCUGACACUUCUGAAAUUACCGAAACAACUGUGGAGGUAACGACUGUUACUGAGGAUACGGAGGAAGUUGAAACUAUCGCACCUGAGGAGGAAACAAUUGUCACUGAAAGAGAAACUGUCACUGUUACUGAGAAACCAGAAGUAACAGAAAAAGUAAUUGAGGAAAUUCCAGAAGAGACAUUCAAAGUAUCAGUUGAAAUUGAAAGGAAACCAGAGGAGGUUUCUGAGGUAGAGAUAUCUAUUGAGGAAAAACCAGAUGAAACCUUCACAGAAAGUGUUGAAGUUGAAAAGAAACCAGUUUCUGAGGAAAUCACCUUUGACAUCAGCUUGAAACCCGACACUUCUGAAAUCACCGAAACAACUGUUGAGGUAACAACUGUUACUGAGGAUACGGAGGAAGUUGAAACUAUCGCACCUGAGGAGGAAACAAUUGUCACUGAAAGAGAAACUGUCCCUGUUACUGAGAAACCGGAAGUAACAGAAAAAGUAAUUCAGGAAAUUCCAGAAGAGACAUUUGAAGAAUCAGUUGAAAUUGAGAGGAAACCAGAGGAGGUUUCUGAGGUAGAAAUAUCUGUUGAGGAAACACCAGAUGAAACCUUCACAGAAACUGUUGAAGUUGAAAAGAAACCAGUUUCGGAGGAAAUCACCCUUGACAUCAGCUUUAAAGCCGACACUUCUGAAAUCACCGAAACAACUGUGGAGGUAAUGACUGUUACUGAGGAUACGGAGGAAGUUGAAACUAUCGCACCUGAGGAGGAAACAAUUGUCACUGAAAGAGAAACUGUCACUGUUACUGAGAAACCAGAAGUAACAGAAAAAGUAAUUGAGGAAAUUCCAGAAGAGACAUUCAAAGAAUCAGUUGAAAUUGAGAGGAAACCAGAGGAGGUUUCUGAGGUAGAAAUAUCUGUGGAGGAAAAACCAGAUGAAACCUUCACAGAAACUGUUGAAGUUGAAAAGAAACCAGUUUCUGAGGAAAUCACCUUUGACAUCAGCUUGAAACCUGACACUUCUGAAAUUACCGAAACAAUUGUGGAGGUAACGACUGUUACUGAGGAUACGGAGGAAGUUGAAACUAUCGCACCUGAGGAGGAAACAAUUGUCACUGAAAGAGAAACUGUCACUGUUACUGAGAAACCAGAAGUAACAGAAAAAGUAAUUGAGGAAAUUCCAGAAGAGACAUUCAAAGUAUCAGUUGAAAUUGAAAGGAAACCAGAGGAGGUUUCUGAGGUAGAGAUAUCUAUUGAGGAAAAACCAGAUGAAACCUUCACAGAAAGUGUUGAAGUUGAAAAGAAACCAGUUUCUGAGGAAAUCACCUUUGACAUCAGCUUGAAACCCGACACUUCUGAAAUCACCGAAACAACUGUGGAGGUAACAACUGUUACUGAGGAUACGGAGGAAGUUGAAACUAUCGCACCUGAGGAGGAAACAAUUGUCACUGAAAGAGAAACUGUCCCUGUUACUGAGAAACCGGAAGUAACAGAAAAAGUAAUUCAGGAAAUUCCAGAAGAGACAUUUGAAGAAUCAGUUGAAAUUGAGAGGAAACCAGAGGAGGUUUCUGAGGUAGAAAUAUCUGUUGAGGAAACACCAGAUGAAACCUUCACAGAAACUGUUGAAGUUGAAAAGAAACCAGUUUCGGAGGAAAUCACCCUUGACAUCAGCUUUAAAGCCGACACUUCUGAAAUCACCGAAACAACUGUGGAGGUAAUGACUGUUACUGAGGAUACGGAGGAAGUUGAAACUAUCGCACCUGAGGAGGAAACAAUUGUCACUGAAAGAGAAACUGUUACUGUUACUGAGAAACCAAAAGUAACAGAAAAAGUAAUUGAGGAAAUUCCAGAAGAGACCUUCAAAGAAUCAGUUGAAAUUGAGAGGAAACCAGAGGAGGUUUCUGAGGUAGAAAUAUCUGUUGAGGAAACACCAGAUGAAACCUUCACAGAAACUGUUGAAGUUGAAAAGAAACCAGUUUCUGAGGAAAUCACCUUUGACAUCAGCUUGAAACCUGACACUUCUGAAAUCACCGAAACAACUGUGGAGGUAACGACUGUUACUGAGGAUACGGAGGAAGUUGAAACUAUCGCACCUGAGGAGGAAACAAUUGUCACUGAAAGAGAAACUGUCCCUGUUACUGAGAAACCAGAAGUAACAGAAAAAGUAAUUAAAGAAAUUCCAGAAGAGACCUCUGAAGAAUCGGUUGAAAUUGAGAGGAAACCAGAGGAAGUUUCUGAGAUAGAGAUAUCUGUUGAGGAAAAACCAGAUGAAACCUUCCCAGAAACUGUUGAAGUUGAAAAGAAACCAGUUUCUGAGGAAAUCACCUUUGACAUCAGCUUGAAACCUGACACUUCUGAAAUCACCGAAACAAUUGUGGAGGUAACAACUGUUACUGAGGAUACGGAGGAAGUUGAAACUAUCGCACCUGAGGAGGAAACAAUUGUCACUGAAAGAGAAACUGUCACUGUUACUGAGAAACCAGAAGUAACUGAAGAAUUAAUUGAGGAAAUUCCAGAAGAGACAUUUGAAGAAUCAGUUGAAAUUGAGAAGAAACCAGAGGAGGUUUCUGAGGUAGAGAUAUUUGUUGAGCAAAAACCAGAUGAAACCUUUACAGAAACUGUUGAAGUUGAAAAGAAACCAGUUUCGGAGGAAAUCACCCUUGACAUCAGCUUGAAACCCGACACUUCUGAAAUCACCGAAACAACUGUGGAGGUAACGACUGUUACUGAGGAUACGGAGGAAGUUGAAACUAUCGCACCUAAGGAGGAAACAAUUGUCACUGAAAGAGAAACUGUCACUGUUACUGAGAAACCAGAAGUAACAGAAAAAGUAAUUGAGGAAAUUCCAGAAGAGACAUUCAAAGAAUUGGUUGAAAUUGAGAGGAAACCAGAGGAGGUUUCUGAGGGAGAAAUAUCUGUUGAGGAAAAACCAGAUGAAACCUUCACAGAAACUGUUGAAGUUGAAAAGAAACCAGUUUCGGAGGAAAUCACCUUUGACAUCAGCUUGAAACCCGACACUUCUGAAAUCACUGAAACAAUUGUGGAGGUAACGACUGUUACUGAGGAUACGGAGGAAGUUGAAACUAUCGCACCUGAGGAGGAAACAAUUGUCACUGAAAAAGAAACUGUUCCUGUUACUGAGAAACCUGAAGUAACAGAAAAAGUAAUUGAGGAAAUUCCAAAAGAGACAUUUGAAGAAUCUGUUGAAAUUGAGAAGAAACCAGAGGAGGUUUCUGAGGUAGAAAUAUCUGUUGAGGAAACACCAGAUGAAACCUUCACAGAAACUGUUGAAGUUGAAAAGGAACCAGUUUCUGAGGAAAUCACCUUUGACAUCAGCUUGAAACCCGACACUUCUGAAAUCACCGAAACAAUUGUGGAGGUAACGACUGUUACUGAGGAUACGGAGGAAGUUGAAACUAUCGCACCUGAGGAGGAAACAAUUGUCACUGAAAGAGAAACUGUCACUGUUACUGAGAAACCAGAAGUAACAGAAAAAGUAAUUGAGGAAAUUCCAGAAGAAACAUUCAAAGAAUCAGUUGAAAUUGAGAGGAAACCAGAGGAGGUUUCUGAGGUAGAAAUAUCUGUUGAGGAAAAACCAGAUGAAACCUUCACAGAAACUGUUGAAGUUGAAAAGAAACCAGUUUCUGAGGAAAUCACCUUUGACAUCAGUUUGAAACCUGACACUUCUGAAAUUACUGAAACAACUGUGGAGGUAACGACUGUUACUGAGGAUACGGAGGAAGUUGAAACUAUCGCACCUGAGGAGGAAACAAUUGUCACUGAAAGAGAAACUGUCACUGUUACUGAGAAACCAGAAGUAACAGAAAAAGUAAUUGAGGAAAUUCCAGAAGAGACAUUCAAGGAAUCAGUUGAAAUUGAGAAGAAACCAGAGGAGGUUUCUGAGGUGGAGAUAUCUGUUGAGGAAAAACCAGAUGAAACCUUCAUAGAAACUGUUGAAGUUGAAAAGAAACCAGUUUCUGAGGAAAUCACCUUUGACAUCAGCUUGAAACCUGACACUUCUGAAAUCACCGAAACAACUGUGGAGGUAACGACUGUUACUGAGGAUACGGAGGAAGUUGAAACUAUCGCACCUGAGGAGGAAACAAUUGUCACUGAAAGAGAAACUGUCACUGUUACUGAGAAACCAGAAGUAACAGAAAAAGUAAUUGAGGAAAUUCCAGAAGAGACAUUUGAAGAAUCUGUUGAAAUUGAGAAGAAACCAGAGGAGGUUUCUGAGGUAGAAAUAUCUGUUGAGGAAACACCAGAUGAAACCUUCACAGAAACUGUUGAAGUUGAAAAGAAACCAGUUUCUGAGGAAAUCACCUUUGACAUCAGCUUGAAACCCGACACUUCUGAAAUUACCGAAACAAUUGUGGAGGUAACGACUGUUACUGAGGAUACGGAGGAAGUUGAAACUAUCGCACCUGAGGAGGAAACAAUUGUCACUGAAAGAGAAACUGUCCCUGUUACUGAGAAACCAGAAGUAACAGAGAAAGUAAUUGAGGAAAUUCCAGAAGAGACCUUUGAAGAAUCGGUUGAAAUUGAGAGGAAACCAGAGGAGGUUUCUGAGCUUGAAACCCUGACACUUCUGAAUAUCACCGAAACAAUUGUGGAGGUAACAACUGUUACUGAGGAUACGGAGGAAGUUGAAACUAUCGCACCUGAGGAGGAAACAAUUGUCACUGAAAGAGAAACUGUCCCUGUUACUGAGAAACCAGAAGUAACUGAAGAAGUAAUUGAGGAAAUUUCAGAAGAGACAUUCAAAGAAUCGGUUGAAACUGAGAGGAAACCAGAGGAGGUUUCUGAGGUAGAAAUAUCCGUUGAGACUGAAAUCAGCAUUGAGGACAAACCUGAACUGGUUGAGGCUGAAAUAGUCAUUGAGGACACGCAUGAUGAGGUUGAGGUUCAAAUUGUCCUUGAGGAAGAGAAAGCUGAUGAAGUUGAAGCUGAAAGCAUGCUUGAGGACAAACCUGAUGAGGCAGAAAUCGUCCUUGAGGAAGAAAAAACUGAUGAAGUUGAGGCUGAAAUCAUCCUAGAGACGGAGAAACCUGAUGAGGUUGAGGUGUUAAUUGUCCUUGAGGAAGAGAAAGCUGAUGAAGUUGAAGCUGAAAUCAUCCUAGAGAGAAACCUCAUGAGGUUGAGGCUGAAAUCAUCCUUGAGGAAGAGAAAACCUCAUGAGGUUGAGGCUGAAAUUAUCCUAGAGGUAGAGGAAACUGAUGAUGUUGAAACUGAAAUCAUCCUUGAGGAAGAAAAACCUCAUGAGGUUGAGGCUGAAAUCAUCCUUGAGGAAGAGAAACCUGAUGAAGUUCAGGCUGAAAUUAUCCUUGAGGAAGAGAAACAUGAUGAGGUUGAGGCAGAAAUCAUCCGGGAGGAAGAGAAACCUGAUGAAGUUGAGGCUGAAAUCAUCCUUGAGGAAGAGAAACCUGAUGAUGUUGAAGCUGAAAUUAUCCUUGAGGAAGAGAAACCUGAUGAGGUUGAGGCUGAAAUCAUCUUUAGGAAAGAGAAACCUGAUGAGGUUGAGACAGAAAGCAUCCUAGAGGAGGUUAAAUUGGAUGAGGUGGAGGCUGAAAUAGCCCUUCAAGAAGACAAGCUUGAAGUGGAAAUAGAUGUUGAACAGGUUGAUAUUGGAAGUACCGAAGAAGACAAACAAGAACAAAUAACUAGUACUGUAGCUCUGCCUGUAAGUGAGAUUGUUUCUGAUAUAGAAAUAACACCCACCCCUUCACAAAUCAGUGAAAUAGAUAUUGGGUCACAGGACUUACAGCUGACCAGCACUGGCGAGGAAGUGACCAAGACCGCCCCAGCAUAUGCACCAGAAGAAAAGCUAGAGGAGUCCGUAGCAGAGGUGACCAUUGAACAAGUGACGAAAGUGGAAGCAGCCAGUGACGAGGAAGUGUCUCAGCUACAGAUAGGUCAGAGCGACAUCACCCUAUCUGUGGCAAGGGAGACAACUCUUGAUAUUCAGGGGCAGAUAACUCUUUCAGACAUUAGUUCAAAAGAAACAGAGACAAUAUCUGAGGAAAUGACAGUAUCACAACCUGAAGAAAAACUCCAGUUUGAUUCAACUGAAACUGAAACGACGGAGAAGGUCACUGGAAAAACAGAGGAAGUGACAAUGGAGUUAGCAAUUACUAAAGUAGAUAAAGAGGCAGUUUCAGAAAUCAAACUUGCUGAGGAAACUCAGAAAACAGAAGAUGUGACUGAAAUUGAUGUGACGGAUGAGGAGACAGGGAAAACAGAGGAAAUCACAAUGGAGUUGGAAGUUACUGAAGUAGAUAAAGAGGCAGUUUCAGAAAUCAAAAUUGCUGAGGAAACUCAGGAAACAGAAGAUGUGACUGAAAUUGAUGUAACAAAGGAAGUCACAGGAAAAACAGAGGAAAUCACAAUGGAGUUGGAAGUUACUGAAGUAGAUCAACAGGCUGUUUCAAAAAUCAAACUUGCUGAGGAAACUCAGGAAACAGAAGAUGUGACUGAAAUUGAUGUGACGGAGGAGGAGACAGGGAAAACAGAGGAAGUGACAAUGGAGUUGGAAGUUUCUGAAGUAGAUCAACAGACAGUUUCAGAAAUCAAACUUGCCGAGGAAACUCAGGAAACAGAAGAUGUCACCGAAAUUGAUGUGACAAAGGAAGACACAGGAAAAACAGAGGAAAUCACAAUGGAGUUGGAAGUUACUGAAGUAGAUCAACAGGCAGUCUCAGAAAUCAAACUUGCUGAGGAAACUCAGGAAACAGAAGAUGUGACUGAAAUUGAUUUGACAAAGGAAGUCACAGGAAAAACAGAGGAAAUCACAAUGGAUUUGGAAGUUUCUGAAGUAGAUCAACAGGCAGUUUCAGAAAUUAAACUUGCCGAGGAAACCCAGGAAACAGAAGAUGUGACUGAAAUUGAUGUAACAAAGGAAGUCACUGGGAAAACAGAGGAAGUGACAAUGGAGUUGGAAGUUACUGAAGUAGAUAAAGAGGCAGUUUCAGAAAUUAAACUUGCUGAGGAAACUCAGGAAACAGAAGAUGUCACCGAAAUUGAUGUGACAAAGGAAGUCACAGGAAAAACAGAGGAAAUCACAAUGGAUUUGGAAGUUACUGAAGUAGAUCAACAGGCAGUUUCAGAAAUUAAACUUGCCGAGGAAACUCAGGAAACAGAAGAUGUGACUGAAAUUGAUGUGACGGAGGAGGAGACUGGGAAAACAGAGGAAAUCACAAUGGAUUUGGAAGUUUCUGAAGUAGAUCAACAGACAGUUUCAGAAAUUAAACUUGCCGAGGAAACUCAGGAAACAGAAGAUGUCACCGAAAUUGAUGUGACAAAGGAAGUCACAGGAAAAACAGAGGAAAUCACAAUGGAUUUGGAAGUUACUGAAGUAGAUCAACAGGCAGUCUCAGAAAUCAAAAUGGCUGAGGAAACUCAGGAAACAGAAGAUGUGACUGAAAUUGAUGUGACGGAGGAGGAGACUGGGAAAACAGAGGAAAUCACAAUGGAUUUGGAAGUUUCUGAAGUAGAUCAACAGACAGUUUCAGAAAUUAAACUUGCCGAGGAAACCCAGGAAACAGAAGAUGUGACUGAAAUUGAUGUAACAAAGGAAGUCACUGGGAAAACAGAGGAAGUGACAAUGGAGUUGGAAGUUACUGAAGUAGAUAAAGAGGCAGUUUCAGAAAUUAAACUUGCUGAGGAAACUCAGGAAACAGAAGAUGUCACCGAAAUUGAUGUGACAAAGGAAGUCACAGGAAAAACAGAGGAAAUCACAAUGGAUUUGGAAGUUACUGAAGAAGAUCAACAGGCAGUUUCAGAAAUUAAACUUGCCGAGGAAACUCAGGAAACAGAAGAUGUCACCGAAAUUGAUGUGACAAAGGAAGUCACAGGAAAAACAGAGGAAAUCACAAUGGAUUUGGAAGUUACUGAAGAAGAUCAACAGGCAGUUUCAGAAAUUAAACUUGCCGAGGAAACUCAGGAAACAGAAGAUGUGACUGAAAUUGAUGUAACAAAGGAAGACACAGGAAAAACAGAGGAAAUCACAAUGGAUUUGGAAGUUACUGAAGAAGAUCAACAGGCAGUUUCAGAAAUUAAACUUGCCGAGGAAACCCAGGAAACAGAAGAUGUGACUGAAAUUGAUGUAACAAAGGAAGUCACUGGGAAAACAGAGGAAGUGACAAUGGAGUUGGAAGUUACUGAAGUAGAUAAAGAGGCAGUUUCAGAAAUUAAACUUGCUGAGGAAACUCAGGAAACAGAAGAUGUCACCGAAAUUGAUGUGACAAAGGAAGUCACAGGAAAAACAGAGGAAAUCACAAUGGAUUUGGAAGUUACUGAAGUAGAUCAACAGACAGUUUCAGAAAUCAAACUUGCUGAGGAAACUCAGGAAACAGAAGAUGUGACUGAAAUUGAUGUGACGGAUGAGGAGACUGGAAAAACAGAGGAAAUCACAAUGGAUAUGGAAGUUUCUGAAGUAGAUCAACAGGCAGUUUCAGAAAUUAAACUUGCUGAGGAAACUCAGGAAACAGAAGAUGUGACUGAAAUUGAUGUAACAAAGGAAGACACAGGAAAAACAGAGGAAAUCACAAUGGAGUUGGAAGUUUCUGAAGUAGAUCAACAGACAGUUUCAGAAAUCAAAAUUGCUGAGGAAACUCAGGAGGUAGAAGAUGUGACUGAAAUUGAUGUGACGGAGGAGGAAACUGGGACAAUAGAAGAGAUGACAUCAGAAUUUGAAAUUACUCAUGUAGAUAAAGAGGCAGUUUCAGAAAUCAAACUUGCUGAAGAAUCUCAGGAAAUAGAAGAUGUGACUGUAAUUGAUGUGACGGAGGAGGAGACUGGGAAAACAGAGGAAAUCACAAUGGAUUUGGAAGUUUCUGAAGUAGAUCAACAGACUGUUUCAGAAAUUAAAAUUGCUGAGGAAACUCAGGAAACAGAAGAUGUCACCGAAAUUGAUGUAACAAAGGAAGACACAGGAAAAACAGAGGAAAUCACAAUGGAGUUGGAAGUUUCUGAAGUAGAUCAACAGACAGUUUCAGAAAUCAAAAUUGCUGAGGAAACUCAGGAAACAGAAGAUGUGACUGUAAUUGAUGUGACGGAGGAGGAGACUGGAAAAACAGAGGAAAUCACAAUGGAUUUGGAAGUUUCUGAAGUAGAUCAACAGACUGUUUCAGAAAUUAAAAUUGCUGAGGAAACUCAGGAAACAGAAGAUGUCACCGAAAUUGAUGUGACAAAGGAAGUCACAGGAAAAACAGAGGAAGUCGAAAUGGACUUGGAGGUUACUCAAGUUGACAAACAGACCGUCUCAGAAAUCAAACUUGCUGAAGAAUCUCAGGAAACAGAAGAUGUGACUGAAAUUGAUGUGACGGAGGAGGAGGCAGGGAAAACAGAGGAAGUGACAAUGGAGUUGGAAGUUACUGAAGUUGACAAACAGGCAGUUUCAGAAAUCAAACUUGCCGAGGAAACCCAGGAAACAGAAGAUUUACUGAAGUUAGAUAAACAGGCAGUUUCAGAAAUCAAACUAGCUGAGGAAACUCAGGAAACAGAAGAUGUCACUGCAAUUGAUGUGAUGGAAAAGGACACUGGAAAAACGGAAGAAGUUGCAUUGGACCUACAGGUGUCCAGUAUUGUCAAACCAAUGGUAAAGGAAGCUCCUGAGGAAACCGAGGAAGAUAUACCAGAGGAAAUAGUGGUUUCUGUAGAAACCAAGGAGGAAGUUUCUGAGGAACUUGUCAUAACAGAAAAACCUGUUGACACCACUGAGGAUGUUUCAGCUGACCUUGUCAUUUCUGAGGCUCCUGAGGAAACUAAACUUACAGAGGAGGUUUCAGCUGGUCUAGAUAUCAUUGAGGCUCCAGAGGAAACCGAGGAGGAAAUACCAGAGGAAAUAAUGGUUUCUGUAGAAACCAAGGAGGAAGUUUCUGAAGAACUUGUCAUAACAGAAAAACCUGUUGACACCACUGAGGAUGUUUCAGCUGACCUUGUCAUUUCUGAGGCUCCAGAGGAAACUAAAUCUACAGAGGAGGUUUCAGCUGGCCUAGAUAUCAUUGAGGCUCCCGAGGAAACCAAGGAAGAAAUACCAGAGGAAAUAGUGGUUUCAGUAGAAACCAAGGAGGAAGUUUCUGAAGAACUUGUCAUAACAGAAAAACCUGUAGACACCACUGAGGAUGUUUCAGCUGACCUUGUCAUUUCUGAGGCUCCUGAGGAAACUAAAUCUACAGAGGAGGUUUCAGCUGGUCUAGAUAUCAUUGAGGCUCCUGAGGAAACCAAGGAAGAAAUACCAGAGGAAAUAGUGGUUUCAGUAGAAACCAAGGAGGAAGUUUCUGAAGAACUUGUCAUAACAGAAAAACCUGUUGACACCACUGAGGAUGUUUCAGCUGACCUUGUCAUUUCUGAGGCUCCUGAGGAAACUAAAUCUACAGAGGAGGUUUCAGCUGGUCUAGAUAUCAUUGAGGCUCCUGAGGAAACUGAGGAGGAAAUACCAGAGGAAAUAGUGGUUUCUGUAGAAACCAAGGAGGAAGUUUCUGAAGAACUUGUCAUAACAGAAAAACCUGUUGACACUACUGAGGAUGUUUCGACUGACCUUGUCAUUUCUGAGGCUCCCGAGGAAACUAAAUCUACAGAGGAAGUUUCAGCUGGUCUAGAUAUCAUCGAGGCUCCAGAGGAAACUGAGGAGGAAAUACCAGAGGAAAUAGUGGUUUCAGUGGAAACCAAGGAGGAAGUUUCUGAGGAACUUAUCCUUACAGAAAAACCUGUAGACACUACUGAGGAUGUUUCAGCUGACCUUGUCAUUUCUGAGGCUCCUGAGGAAACCGAGGAGGAAAUACCAGAGGAAAUAAUGGUUUCUUUAGAAACCAAGGAGGAAGUUUCUGAGGAACUUGUCAUAACAGAAAAACCUGUAGACACCACUGAGGAUGUUUCAGCUGACCUUGUCAUUUCUGAGGCUCCCGAGGAAACUAAAUCUACAGAGGAAGUUUCAGCUGGUCUAGAUAUCAUUGAGGCUCCCGAGGAAACCAAGGAAGAGAUACCAGAGGAAAAAGUGGUUUCAGUGGAAACCAAGGAGGAAGUUUCUGAGGAACUUAUCAUAACAGAAAAACCUGUAGACACCACUGAGGAUGUUUCGACUGACCUUGUCAUUUCUGAGGCUCCUGAGGAAACUAAAUCUACAGAGGAGGUUUCAGCUGGUCUAGAUAUCAUUGAGGCUCCCGAGGAAACCAAGGAAGAGAUACCAGAGGAAAAAGUGGUUUCAGUAGAAACCAAGGAGGAAGUUUCUGAAGAACUUAUCAUAACAGAAAAACCUGUAGACACCACUGAGGAUGUUUCAGCUGACCUUGUCAUUUCUGAGGCUCCUGAGGAAACUAAAUCUACAGAGGAGGUUUCAGCUGGUCUAGAUAUCAUUGAGGCUCCUGAGGAAACCAAGGAAGAGAUACCAGAGGAAAAAGUGGUUUCAGUAGAAACCAAGGAGGAAGUUUCUGAAGAACUUAUCAUAACAGAAAAACCUGUAGACACCACUGAGGAUGUUUCAGCUGACCUUGUCAUUUCUGAGGCUCCUGACGAAACUAAACUUACGGAGGAGGUUUCAGCUGGUCUAGAUAUCAUUGAGGCUCCCGAGGAAACUGAAGAGGAAAUACCAGAGGAAAUGGUGGUUUCUGUAGAAACCAAGGAGGAAGUUUCUGAGGAACUUGUCAUAACAGAAAAACCUGUAGACACUACUGAGGAUGUUUCAGCUGACCUUGUCAUUUCUGAGGCUCCUGAGGAAACUAAAUCUACAGAGGAGGUUUCAGCUGGUCUAGAUAUCAUUGAGGCUCCUGAGGAAACUGAGGAGGAAAUACCAGAGGAAAUAGUGGUUUCAGUGGAAACCAAGGAGGAAGUUUCUGAGGAACUUGUCAUAACAGAAAAACCUGUAGACACCACUGAGGAUGUUUCAGCUGACCUUGUCAUUUCUGAGGCUCCUGAGGAAACCGAGGAGGAAAUACCAGAGGAAAUAAUUGUUUCUGUAGAAACCAAGGAGGAAGUUUCUGAGGAACUUGUCAUAACAGAAAAACCUGUAGACACCACUGAGGAUGUUUCAGCUGACCUUGUCAUUUCCGAGGCUCCAGAGGAAACCGAGGAAGAAAUACCAGAGGAAAUAAUGGUUUCUUUAGAAACCAAGGAGGAAGUUUCUGAGGAACUUGUCAUAACAGAAAAACCUGUUGACACCACUGAGGAUGUUUCAGCUGACCUUGUCAUUUCUGAGGCUCCAGAGGAAACCAAGGAGGAAAUACCAGAGGAAAUAAUCGUUUCUGUAGAAACCAAGGAGGAAGUUUCUGAGGAACUUGUCAUAACAGAAAAACCUGUAGACACUACUGAGGAUGUUUCAGCUGACCUUGUCAUUUCUGAAGCUCCUGAGGAAACUAAAUCUACAGAGGAAGUUUCAGUUGGUCUAGAUAUCAUUGAGGCUCCUGAGGAAACCAAGGAAGAAAUACCAGAGGAAAUAGUGGUUUCUGUAGAAACCAAGGAGGAAGUUUCUGAGGAACUUAUCCUUACAGAAAAACCUGUAGACACCACUGAGGAUGUUUCAGCUGACCUUGUCAUUUCUGAGGCUCCUGAGGAAACCAAGGAAGAAAUACCAGAGGAAAUAGUGGUUUCAGUAGAAACCAAGGAGGAAGUUUCUGAAGAACUUGUCAUAACAGAAAAACCUGUAGACACCACUGAGGAUGUUUCAGCUGACCUUGUCAUUUCUGAGGCUCCUGAGGAAACUAAGUUUACGGAGGAGGUUUCAGCUGGUCUAGAUAUCAUUGAGGCUCCCGAGGAAACUGAGGAGGAAAUACCAGAGGAAAUAGUUGUUUCAGUAGAAACCAAGGAGGAAGUUUCUGAGGAACUUAUCAUAACAGAAAAACCUGUAGACACCACUGAGGAUGUUUCAGCUGACCUUGUCAUUUCUGAGGCUCCUGAGGAAACCGAGGAGGAAAUACCAGAGGAAAUACCAGAGGAAAUAAUCGUUUCUGUAGAAACCAAGGAGGAAGUUUCUGAUGAACUUGUCAUAACAGAAAAACCUGUUGACACCACUGAGGAUGUUUCAGCUGACCUUGUCAUUUCUGAGGCUCCCGAGGAAACUAAAUCUACAGAGGAAGUUUCAGCUGGUCUAGAUAUCAUUGAGGCUCCAGAGGAAACUGAGGAGGAAAUACCAGAGGAAAUAGUGGUUUCAGUAGAAACCAAGGAGGAAGUUUCUGAGGAACUUAUCCUUACAGAAAAACCUGUAGACACCACUGAGGAUGUUUCAGCUGACCUUGUCAUUUCUGAGGCUCCUGAGGAAACUAAAUCUACAGAGGAGGUUUCAGCUGGUCUAGAUAUCAUUGAGGCUCCUGAGGAAACCGAGGAGGAAAUACCAGAGGAAAUAAUUGUUUCUGUAGAAACCAAGGAGGAAGUUUCUGAGGAACUUGUCAUAACAGAAAAACCUGUAGACACCACUGAGGAUGUUUCAGCUGACCUUGUCAUUUCCGAGGCUCCAGAGGAAACCGAGGAAGAAAUACCAGAGGAAAUAAUGGUUUCUUUAGAAACCAAGGAGGAAGUUUCUGAGGAACUUGUCAUAACAGAAAAACCUGUUGACACCACUGAGGAUGUUUCAGCUGACCUUGUCAUUUCUGAGGCUCCAGAGGAAACCGAGGAGGAAAUACCAGAGGAAAUAAUCGUUUCUGUAGAAACCAAGGAGGAAGUUUCUGAGGAACUUGUCAUAACAGAAAAACCUGUAGACACUACUGAGGAUGUUUCAGCUGACCUUGUCAUUUCUGAAGCUCCUGAGGAAACUAAAUCUACAGAGGAAGUUUCAGUUGGUCUAGAUAUCAUUGAGGCUCCUGAGGAAACCAAGGAAGAAAUACCAGAGGAAAUAGUGGUUUCAGUAGAAACCAAGGAGGAAGUUUCUGAGGAACUUGUCAUAACAGAAAAACCUGUUGACACUACUGAGGAUGUUUCGACUGACCUUGUCAUUUCUGAGGCUCCCGAGGAAACUAAAUCUACAGAGGAAGUUUCAGCUGGUCUAGAUAUCAUUGAGGCUCCUGAGGAAACCGAGGAGGAAAUACCAGAGGAAAUAAUCGUUUCUGUAGAAAUCAAGGAGGAAGUUUCUGAAGAACUUGUCAUAACAGAAAAACCUGUAGACACCACUGAGGAUGUUUCAGCUGACCUUGUCAUUUCUGAGGCUCCUGAGGAUACUAAAUCUACGGAGGAGGUUUCAGCUGGGCUUGAUAUUAUCGAAGCUCCUGAGGAAACUGAGGAGGAAAUACCAGAGGAAAUACCAGAGAAAAUAGUGGUUUCAGUAGAAACCAAGGAGGAAGUUUCUGAAGAACUUGUCAUUUCAGAAAAACCUGUAGACACCACUGAGGAUGUUUCAGCUGACCUUGUCAUUUCUGAGGCUCCUGAGGAUACUAAAUCUACGGAGGAGGUUUCAGCUGGUCUAGAUAUCAUUGAGGCUCCUGAGGAAACCAAGGAAGAAAUACCAGAGGAAAUAGUGGUUUCAGUAGAAACCAAGGAGGAAGUUUCUGAAGAACUUGUCAUAACAGAAAAACCUGUAGACACCACUGAGGAUGUUUCAGCUGACCUUGUCAUUUCUGAGGCUCCUGAGGAAACCGAGGAGGAAAUACCAGAGGAAAUAUCCGUUUCUGUAGAAACCAAGGAGGAAGUUUCUGAGGAACUUGUCAUAACAGAAAAACCUGUAGACACUACUGAGGAUGUUUCGACUGACCUUGUCAUUUCUGAGGCUCCUGAGGAAACUAAAUCUACUGAGGAUGUUUCAGCUGGUCUAGAUAUCAUUGAGGCUCCCGAGGAAACCAAGGAAGAAAUACCAGAGGAAGUAGUGGUUUCUGUAGAAACCAAGGAGGAAGUUUCUGAAGAACUUGUCAUAACAGAAAAACCUGUAGACACCACUGAGGAUGUUUCAGCUGACCUUGUCAUUUCUGACGCUCCUGAGGAGACUAAAUCUACUGAGGAUGUUUCUGCUGGUCUAGAUAUCAUUGAGGAAUCAGAAGAACUGAAACAGGAAAUAAAAAUUCCAGAAACUGUCAUUUCUGAUGAAAUAGGAGUAUUGCAAGAUAUGCGUACAGUUUUUGGGUUAUCUGCCCCUGAGCUACAGCUAGAUGGCGACACCAAAGUGGGAGCAAGCCAGCGUAUUAUGCCUGAUGAGUCAGAAACCAAAGAAGAAAUUGAAGCUGAACUUACCAUCGAGCAGGUUCUAUCAGAGAAGGAAAAACUUGUGACAGCAGAAGAAGAAAAAGAUGCUGUAUCUGAAGAAGAGAGAUCUCCUGCACCUGAUGAGGUUGAAAAACCCAAAUCACCAGAACUUGUCACUGCUGAAAUUGUUGAGAAACGUACAGCACCAGAAAUUGUCCAACAGCUUGUUGACGUUGUGUCAAAGGACGGAGACAGUGUACGCUUUGAGUGCAUCGUCGAAGGCCUUCCCCGACCAGAGGUCUCAUGGUUCAAAGAUGAAGAAGAACUCUCAACUUGUGAAGAGUUCAGUAUCUCCUAUGAAAAUAACCUUACGACACUGGAGAUACCAGAUGUUUACCUGGAGGACGGUGGAAAAUACAAGGUCGUAGCCAAGAACGAACUUGGAACGGCCAUGACUACAGCAGAACUCAUUGUAGAAGCUCCUGCUGAAGAGGUUGUCACAGGCAUUCCUCCCUACUUUGAUAAGAAGCCCAAGUUCCAGAACGUGGAGACUGGGGCAAAUGUCCAGUUUGAGGCAGUGGUUAGAGCUCUACCACAGCCAGAUAUUCUGUGGACAAGGGAUGGAACCAAUAUUACGACGUCGGACAAAUACACAGUGGAGACUGGACCUCAGACAGAGGAGAACACUUACCACACGUGUCUGACGCUAAACCAGGUCACACUAGCUGACGCUGGUACAUACAAAAUUACAGCGUCCAACGAAGAAGGGGACGCUAGUGUAUCUGUCUCGCUGCUCGUCAGAGACGAGGGGCCAAAGACGACAGAUUUCCGUGAUAGUCUCAAAAAAGAAGUGCGAACCAAGGUCGGCUUCAAAAUCAAAAAACAAAAACAACAAGUGGAUUUCAGAGCUACUCUGAAGCAAGUAAAAACAAAGGUUGGUGUUCGCCAUGCCCCAGCACAAAAGGAUUUCAGGGACAAUCUCAAAACGGAAGUGAAAACCAAGGUCGGUGUGUCACAUGCUGCAGAGCAAAUUGACUUCCGAGACAAACUCAAAACGCAGGUUCGGACAAAACAAGGUGUAUCCUUGGAGCAGAACAAUUAGACUUUAGGGAAAAUCUCAAAACCAAAGUGAAAACCAAGGUUGGGACAUCUUUCCGUGCAGAACAAGUCGAUUAUAGGGAUGCUCUCCAGCGUCAGGUGCAAACCAAAGUUGGGGCAUCAUACUCCGCUGAGCAGGUCGAUUACAG